AUGGCGAUCCGAGCCUGUCGGUAUCCAGCAGUGAGGAAGCUAACAGGACGGAGGACAGAUAAAGAAUAUGUGGAAGACAAAGAGGACUGCUACCAAACUUCAAGUACAGUAAGUCAGAACUGUGAGCUGAGAGUAAGCUGUCAUGUUAUGUGCGCUGGGUAGACACACGCAACAGCUGACCUGCAGCUGCUACCUUGUCAGAGUUGUGUGUACCUGUUUUUAAUGCGACAAGAUACAUUUGCAUUAUCGAGAAGUAUAUAACCUCUGAAGGGCUUUUUAUUGUUUUGUAAAUCCACAUACAGUAUGUUUUCUGUGGUAAUUUGAUUUGGAUGGUGAAAAACAGUAAACAUAAAAAUGACAUUUGAAAUACUAAUGAAAUUGUGAAAUAUCAUAGAAGAUAGAAGAUGUGCACAGAGCAGACUAAUUGAGGUUCAUUUAUACAUUUUGAGCUCGCUGUCAAGUAUUUAGAGAAUCAAAGACAGUUCAGUCGAUAAGGUAGCAGAAAGUUAUCAAGAGGACAUUUUUCUGUAAGAGUAUGUCGUUGAACAAGUACUGUUUUAGCAACAAGAAUUCCUGGUCCGGUGAUGAAGUCAGGUUGCCUUGUCUAGAAAGAAAUGUGAAAGAACAAUGUUAGUAUGCAACACAAACGCUUGAAGCUCUCCAAAAUGACAAAUUGGAGUCUGAGCUACAGGGCAAAAAUCUCAAGUGAGCCAUAGCUUAGAGACAUCAAAGAGUGCCCUGCAAAACCCCAUAACCUAGUUUAAACUGUGAUGUUCUUGUUUUUGACAGUUCUAAUGGAUUCUGUAGCAGAUCUGAAACUGAUGUAAACCUCCCUACAUCCUGCUCCAUUGUUGACCUAUUCCUGUACUAUCUCAGAACACAACCAGAAACCCUUUUCUGCCCAAUCAACACCAUGGCUACAGUGCGACUGUGAGCGGCGUGCUUGUGACCUUACUUGCAAACAAUUUUAAUUGGUUGCUUCAUUGCUCCAAGGUUCUGGUAUGCUUUAAAAAUAAGUAAUUAUUUGAGUGCCUGAGGAAAAAUAACAUCUCCUUUCUUAAUGACUACAGAUGAGUUGGUGAGUUAUGUAAAUAUGCCUCCUGAGUUGUAAUUUGCCAGCUUUCAAUAGGUCAAACAGCCUUGUGGAUGAUACAUUCAAUUAACUCUUUUACACGAUGAACUCCACGUAUUUUUAACAUCUCUUAAUUGAUGUCAAAUAAAAAUGUAGGACUCCCUCUCCUGUCAAGUGUCUCAACACUGGAUGCUGAUCUCUGUCGUUGUUUUCCCUCUUGAUUUCUUAAAUAACCAACAUUAUUUGUUGCUUUUUGCUGUCCGUUUAUUUAAAUGUCAGCAGCAGCAUGACUCAGAGGCACAAAUAUUUAGGUGCAAAAAUUGUCCCAUCAGGCAGGAGCUGCAUGAGUAUGAAAACCUCAAACUGUACAUAGAGACAGCACCUAAAAAGAUCAGGAACUGUUUUGAACUCAACUGAACGGACUCAGAGACAAGCACUAGUGGUCAGUCUUCUUGAGCAGUCUGUUAAAUGUCAUGUCGUUACUCUAAAGUACAGUGUACAAACCAGUACUGGGUGAUACUGUUGUUAAGUUUUGCACAGUGGAUCUUAGUCUCCAUCUCCAAUCUCAAUCAACUUGGGCGACACAGAAAUAAACUACUGAACCUGAACGCUGCAUGAAGGAGUCAUUCAGUCAGAAAGUAAGCGAGUGAAUCAAUGAGAGAUUUCCUAGUAAUAGGUAAACACACUAAAGUGACAGAUUGCUCUGCUUCUCAAGCUCUAAAUAGCUGACAGCGAUGUUAAGUGAACAAUACUCCACUUUUGUCAUCCCGGGACAUCUGUGUACUUACAGUACAUGUGUCGCUUUGAACGUUUGUGUGUAUUUAUAUAUAAGUGUGUGCACGUGUUUGUGUAUCAGGCUGUCAGGGCUGUCCUCCACUCCUAAUGGUUUAAUGGGCACCCUGUGGUGCCUCUCAAGCCCCCUGGAGAGGGACACACUCAGAGUGUAGGGGAGCACAAAGGCGCAGCCAUGUCUCUAGAGAGGAGUGUCUUUGUGACGAGGGGCCACUGCUGUGCUGACUGUUGCUGGCCUCAUGGUGAUUACCCUCCCCGGGGGGUCCGCAUUGUGGGCCAUGAGACCCAGAACUUCACCUUUACAUACCCCCCUGCUGCGCCUCAACAGGGGGCCAAAACACACCCCUGUCGAUCAUCCCAUUUCGGUAGAACAGCUCGCCAACCAAGCAAUCCAUCAAGCACGCUUAGUCACUUUUUCCAGUCAUGGAUACGUACAUGACUGAGCAGUGAUCCCAGUGAAGUAUCAUGAACAUACACAGUACAUACGGUGUGGAAAUAACAUAAACAAAAACAUUUGAACACGUUACAGUGGAAAACUACAUAUUAUUGAUGUAAAGAUCUACAUAUCACAUAAUUAUAUUUUAUUACCUGACUUUCCUGUGAAUCACCUGGCUGUGCUAAACCUUGAUUCUGAUUUGUCAAAAGGUGGUGAAUUCUGAACAGCAAAGUCGAUGUGAAAAGAAAAAACUAAUCUCACAUGUCACAUACAUCAAAGUAAGGAAAGGAUAUAUAUUUUCUGUUUUGACUUUGUGGAAAAAAGUUACUUCACGAUAGCAUUUGGAGACAACAAAAAGGAUUUCUUGAAUUUAACUCUCAGUAUUUUUGAAGUGAAAGAGACAUCAACCAGAUAGAAGACAACAGAUAUCAAGCGACCAUAAACUGCAACAAGUGAGGGAUUCGGAAGUCUUAUAGGACUGAUUGAAUGAGCAGAAAAUGCCAACAGGAAACAACAGGAAAGAAUUUGAGAAUGCCCAACCCCGAUUAAAAAUGUUAGAUUAAUGUCCUUCAUCUUAGUGAAGCAGAAAAGAAAAGAUAAUAUACGGCAGCCGGUGGAUAUCCAUUUCAAGUCAGGGUCUUGUCGCACCCCAUCAGGAUUCUGUUUUGCUAAACACUAAUUUUCCUUACUUACCAAUUAUAACACCCAUUUUAAACUCACUUUUUCAGUCAUAUAUUGUGAGUUAAACAUCACAUACAUGUAUGCUGUACACCAGGCAUACAGAAAAUACAUCCAGAAGCCUUGGAAAUCUUUGUUCAUAUCUUGACCUACUUCUGAACCAAUGCAUAUUUUAUAUGCCAAGCAGUUUCAACCACAUCCUGCUGGCACACACAGAAAGCUGAGUACAGUAUGCAGAUCCAGUCCUACUCAAUCUGCCCACCAGCUUCUGCAUUCCACACCUAACACCCUGCAUGAGGCUAUAAUUGUGUGAGAACUGUAUUUUUUAAUAACUCAACCUAAGCCUUAAUAUGCCUGUGAGAGGGCUGUAGCCUGGAGCAUCCCAGAGGCUGGCUUUGGGUCCAUGGUACCGGAGGCGAGUAGUUUAUCUACUCUGAUUUCACUGAUCAUGGCCAGCCCCUGGGGACCGGUUUAACACCUACCUUUGGUUCUCGCUGUCAUGGAGACUGUAGUUGACGCUUUACAAUUCUCCUUGCAGUUUUGAUAUGCUGUGUCUUGAGAAUGUGUGUGUCUGAUAGAUGUCUAUGAUGAUGAUUCAGUGAGGGAGCAUUUUAUCUCGUGUGUAGUGCAUGACCUGAAAUGCUCGUCCUUUAUUACCAGUUUCAAGUCCAUCCUAAUAAAAAAACUCUUACUGUGAAUACUCAGUGCGAGUAAUGUAAAGUUUUUUUGUUGUCCCUGAGAUGUAAUUUGUUUUAUAGCCAUUUUAAAAUUGACUAAAAUCCAGAAGCUUAUCAUUUUUUGGCAGCAUUAUGACACCAUUUUCACAGUACAUGCUUCCAACCCUCCUUUGCCCAGAGUUUCACACAGAGUUGCGGUACUCUAUCUUCGUACAACAAUUCUCUUCAUUAUCGCAAAGCAAUACCAAAGGGUCUAUCUGGCUCUCUUAUCUGGUUCUCGCUUCCUCUCCCUGUUUCUCUGCUCAGUAAUGCUCAAACCGCCUCCAAACUCCACCUAGAAUUAGACUCCCAGCUAUCGUAAGGACGUGUUUAAUUUUACUGUUGGUGAUAGAGGAUGUUUCUGUGGUGUCUGGCUGUCCACCACAAUCAAUAAGCUCUAAGCAGCAUCUGGGAACACAGUUGGUGUAAAGGUUAGUGUAAUGUGGAAAUCAAUAAUUGGAUUGUUUCUGGGAAAAUGCUGACAUGUACAUGGCCAUUUCCUUUUAAUUCCCUUUUCUUUUUCAUUUAUCAGGCAACACAUUUCUUGCUCGAGCAACAGAACAACAAAUGCACUCAUUGCAUUUACGAGUUUCAUCUAAGUCCUUACAGUGAAUGUUGUUUUGUCCAGACUUGUUCCUGAACCAUGAGUCUACUGAUCACAGUGUUAGCUGAGUUGCAGUUUUAUAAAAACUCUGUUUGAUUCAGGGUCGGGGUGAUGGGAUGAGGCUGCAGAAAUCAGACUGAAACAUGUACAUUCUAGUGAUCAAUCGGUGCUGUUUUCUUAAUACCCAAUGCUUAUCAGAGAGCAGGUUGACUGUUAGCUGAUAGAUAUUGCUGAGAUCAUAUUGGGGUAUUUGCACUUGAUAGAACAUAACAAUUUAAUGAUAACAAAUAAAAAUCAAGUCAAGUUUAAUUCUAUUAUUCCAUACACAUUACAAUCUAAUAUACUUGGUUUUCUUUGACAUUUAGAUGUUUUAGAUGAGUUUAAAUCAAUUCACAAAAUAGAAAAAAAAGAAUUUGGUUAUACUUUAGAUACUCUGUACUCAGAAUAUGGCUGAUAUAUGUUAGAAGCAUGAGAGAAUUAAUAUUAAACACUAGCCAGUAACUGUAAUUGAUUCGGUCUGCUGUCAUUUAGGAUGGGAUGGGAAAAAUGUUUUAUUAUCUAAAAAAAAAUUGAGGACUGAGGCAACAUUUUACCCCCAAAUUGUUCCAAAAUAUAUAAAUUUGUUUGUUUUAUGUUAGUUGACAGACUUCAUUGAAAGCCAAAUAGCCCAUCUAAGCAAUCAAGCAUUGAAAAACAGUAACUCACUUCACAGCCUGCUCACACAUCUCAUCUCAUCUAUCAAGUGACUGGAGACAGCACUGGCAAGGCUGAUAGUAUUUGUAGACAGUGUUUGUCGAUUUACUAAUUAGCCUGGUGAGUGCAGGCUGCAGCCCAUUAUUUCAAAAUGCCUUUAACUGGCUAUUUUAAGUAAAUUUCUUCAGGUUUGGUCUUGUAUAUUGACCUGUAUCAUACAACAGGUCAUCUGUUACAUGUCGCCGGAUUGGCAGAAGAGAAAAGAUUUCAUUCAGAUAUUCAUAGAUUAUCUAAAGGAAUUCCCAAAACUGAUGGAAUUUAUUAUCCUUCUGAAACAUUCUUGGUUUACUCUAUGGGCACCAUCCUGUUGAAAAUGCCACGAAUUUGUUAAGAGGGUGACAUCUAAUCAGAUACUAUAACCACCUCAAGAUUUAGCACCAAGAAGAACAGAUACUUAUAGCGUAUUACAAAUGUCUGAGGACCUUUCAGUGUCCUGUUAAAUGAGCCGAACCAACUUCCAAAUGAGACUUGUUUUGCUCACUAUACACGUCUCAGGAUUAGAAUUGAGGGUUGGGUACGGAGGGGAAAGGACUUGAUGAGUGGUCUGCCCUUACCUGCAAAGAGGUCAGUCCACAACAUGUAAAAAUGUGCUGUGCAGUUAUAUUGUUUAAUAUUGCAAUACUUGUGGGUUGACCAAUGUGGCUUUUAACUAGCUGUUUAUUUAUUUAUUUAUUUAUUUGCUGGAGCCCCUAUUUUCCAUACAAAACCAGUUUAGUUCAGUCAGCUCACAGUCAGACUUUUGAUUCACUGCACUUAUCAAUGUCACCAGUCAAUAUCAAGGUGUAGUAAGACUUCUUAUAAUGGCAGAGGUCCAUACAGAGAAAAAAAAAAAAACACAUUUAUUUAUAAGGGUAUUAUUUCCAGGUCAAGAGAUGCUAAUAUUGCUGCAGCACAAUUUCAAACAAUUGUAUUUACAUUUUUUUUUUUAUAAAAUCCCAAAUGCAAGUAUGAGGGAAACAGGGCAUUAGCGACAGUAAGUUGCAAAAAGCACUCUGAAAUGAAGGUCAGUGGCCAGUGCAAAAAUGUCAUGCCAGUGUCAUUAGUGGACACGGGUCCUAACAGUACAAGAUGCAAAGAAUAAAUUUAGACAUUACUGAUGAGAUGAUGUUGUGAUAACAAUGACAUUUGAUUGAGUUUUGCAGAGUUUUAUUAUUGUUGCAAAUGUUGGAGAUUUGAUGUACUGGAGACCAUAGUUUGAAGCAGACUGUAAGAACACAUCUCUGUGAUUGGUCACUUUACUCUUAAUUUGCCUCCACUGGACUGGCUUCAUAUUACUGCUCUUCUUUCCGACAUCCCAAGCUACAUCUCAAUGGCUGUCUGUGGCCAUUCAGCAUUGGCAGCAGCAACAAAGGGGAAAAGCAAUGAGUUGUGACAGAGGCAAUGUACUCUACUUCCCCACAACCCUCUCCUUUUCAAUUAACUUCUUUCACGCUCAGCUGUGAUUCAACGCUACAAUGAGCAUUCAGGCAAACAUUCAAAGGCACCUCCCCAAAGUCCAAACAGGGACUUGUUAAAUGGAAAUAUUUAGACAGGGGACAUGCUCGCCAGUUGUGCUCUUGCUCAGCCUCCAUUUGAGCUCCCUAAGGUUUAUUGUCUAAAGUAUAAUCAGCUUAGGUUGUAUAAUAUCUUCCCGGCUUGCAGGGAGAUGAAAUUUACAGUGAAUUGGGCACUUCAGCCCGGAUCAGAUGAGAAUCCAUUGGACAAAUUUGGAGUUAUUGGAAAGAUAAAUCUAGAUAACUUUAUUUUACUGUCACACACAAACAUACACAGAUGCAGACAAAGAUGUUCUACUUUGUACAGCUAAAAAGAAGACUCGACCAGUAGGGGGCAGCUCUUCUGCUGCAAGAAAAUAUCUAUUACAGCUUAAAUGUGCAAAAACAUACCUUUCUAGGUGUAUGCUUGUGAAUUUAUAAAGCAGACAGAAGAUGUAUUCAAAACGUGUCUGUUUGUAUUUGUAAGAUACAGCAAGCAGGAGAGUAACUGUUUCAUGCAAUGUGAGCAGUGUUAUCUAUGUGUGCCAGCAUAUUGGCAAACAAAACACACUUCAGCUGCAUUAUGUAAUCCUGGAGGAGUUCCCACUGUAAAGCCAAGCAGCAAUUCAGAGGCUGCAAGGUGUGCUGCUGCCUGCAGGAAAACUGCUAUCAACAAUUUAUGACACUUCCAUUACAGCCACAGAGCUCCUGUAUGCUUUUUCUACUUUUUUUAACAGCUGUGCAAACCUGCCAUCAUGGGACAGGUCACAAGUGAUUAGGAUCAUAUUAUGACUUUAAUGCAUAUAUUUUUUUGUGUUUUUCUUUGUGCUUUUGUUGCAGUAGAAAAAUACAAAGCCUUAGAAAGAUUAAAUACUCUCUCAAAUUCUACUUUUUUACCCAGUUCGGGCUCUUUCAGUGCACUAACAAUAAAACUACACCUAGUACUUUAUAAAUCGCAGUUGGUGUACAUUUUUUUUUUUUUUCUUUUUUAAGUGAAUUGAGUUGGAGCCUGUUGUCUUGAGCUAUCAUUCAAACAGCUGGUAAGUAAAGGGACUGGGUGGUUGUGUUAAAAUCACAUAUGUCGAGAGAAAGCAAAGUGAAUCUGUUGUUAACGGCUAAUCUCAGGUUUUCUGCAGUUUUAAUAGUAGGGGCUGUGAAAGAGUGAGGUGCGAGGGUUAGGAGAGUGUAAAAAGGAUGAAGUUAGAGAGGCAGAAUAAGUGUAGGUUACUGUAAUGUGCUCUGUGCAGGAUGAGAUAUUUGAACCCUGUGCCCACUAUUAAACUCCCUAAACUAAAGGUAAAAAAUGAUGCCCAGCAGCAGAGCAUGUUGAUUUAUGUUCUACUUGUCAGGCGCUGCUGUUAACUGAGAGAUCAUCAGAAACCGAUACCUACCAGUACACUGUCUGCAACGCUUCGUCUUUUCUUUGUUCGUAACCCCACAAGGAGGUGCACUGCUUUUGUUUCAUUUCAGUGCACUUACUUUGUCCAACAUGUGAGGAACAAGGACAGGGUGUAACACAACAAGCACUUUGUCGCUUUGUUAUUUUGCAAGGAGUCCCUCAAUAUUUCAUGAGUCUGUUGCGCAGAAUAUUUAAGUAGCACAGACUUUAUGGGGAAAACUGUGAAGCUGUUUUACUAACAGCUCUUGGACUUAACAACUCUGCCGUAAACCACACUCAACCUUUAAAAAAAACAGGCCUUUUGAGUGAUUUCUAAUACUAUUUCUUAAUUUCUAAUGCUUGGCUUUCAUGUGAUGGUGAAAAUUAUCCUUGUGCAUUUGCUCGAUCACUUGCUCUUAAAAAGCAUUUUGAGGAAAGUGCCAAGUCUCUAGUUAUCCUCCCGUGUGGCUUUGUAGGAAAUAUGUAAUGAGCUAUCCAGGUGCAAAGGGGACCCAUGGCAUUUAGACCUCCCUGGGGUGUUGAGGCAGAUGAAUUUCUAUUAAUGAUCACAUGCUCUCGGCUGCCUAAUGGCACAGGAGAGAUGAGCUGCAGAUUACCAACCUUUUAAUUGGUCGCACAGCUAAGCCUCUUUAACUGCAGAAAAGCAUAUCUCUGUUUCUGUGGCUAAUGGUGGAAGUUUAGUGUUUGACUUUCAUGGAAAGUUGAAACAUUACUUAGGCCCGCUCAUCUUUUUCUAUACUGCAGUGCCCCAGUAACCAAGAUCUGUACUCAAAAAUAUAACUUUCACUGCACAGGUUGGGGAUAAAUACUUGUGACACAUGCCAUAUGGCUGCAAACCCACUGUGCCAUAUGUUGUGUGCAGCAGUAAACGCAGGGGGGUGAGAAGGGUCAGCUAUAGAGGGUGCGGUACAGUGUUGUGUUGUGCAUUAGGUGUCAAAAAAGUGUGAGGAUCUGCUGCAGACCUGCCUCGGUUAUGUAAUGGAUGAGCCCAGUCUGCUAAGCCUCUACCUCUGCUAUCAUUAAUUCAUGUCACCUAGGACAACAUGCACAGGAGCCGAGGAGCCACUGUGGGAGACACUGAGAAGGAGGCCGAUCCUGUGGGAGGAUCAGGCGACACUGAGGAUGGAGGGAUGGAGAAGAGAGGGAGAACUUGAGGCUUGGGUGUGGUUAGAUUGAAAGUGUUUCAGACAGUCAAAGAGAAAGAAGGACACAAAGACACUGCCGAAAAAACUUAAGUGUUGUUUCAGAUGAUUGGUAGUCUUCUUACUAAUGACAGAGUGAGAGUGUACCUCUGACCCUGACGGAUUAGUCAUCCUGUUAAAAAGGCCCAUGCGACAAAACAACAUGACAUCAUUUCCUGACCUGAAACCUUUUGUUCUUCUCCUCUGCAGUGUGUUAAAUCUUUAAUAACAGGUCUAAUGUACUGUGACAAACUGUGGACUCACUUUCUCUGUUUAACUGUGUUUUGUUGUUGUUGUUUUUGUGAGCCAUUAUAUUGAGUCUCUGAUAUUAAAUGCCUUUUGCAGGCUUUUUUAUUUACACACAAGAAUGCCUGCUGCUUUUUUUACCUCAGAGCUGAUAGCGACAACAGUAAGUAACCUCUAUAAAAUAUAAUGAUUUGGCUGUAACCACAACUGCCAUAGUUUCAUGGUGUUCAUAUUUUUCAAGUACUAUGCUGAGCAUAUGCAAGAGUAGAAGCGGUCAACAGAUGUUUUACUGUUGUAUAUUACCACUGUAGUCACAGGAAAAAAUAAGGUACAUGGUAUUGUACAGUAUCAUAUCCUACCAUUCAGUGUCCUUGUAUCUUAUUAUAGUGUGUUGUACUGUACCAUAUCUUGUUGGACCUGAUGGUACCGCAACAUAUCAUUCCAUACUCUAUCAUAUCAUAUCCAUGUUAUACUGUAUCAUAUCAUGAUAGCAUGCCAAGUUUAUUCAAACAAUUCAUAUAAGAUUGUAUCUAAUCAUUUUUACCCAAUUUACCAUGAUCAGACCAGCAAUUCUGUGUGGUUUAGUCGUAUCAUAUCAUAUUUAAUAUCAAACACUACUGCAUUGUACCAUACUGUACCUAAUAACAUAUUGUAUCUUAGUUUUGGUUUCAAAUCAUUUAAAUCUUUCUCAUUAUGCAAAUCAACGUUUCAGUACGGGUUGGUAUGGCAUCAUAUAGGGCUCGGCAAUAUGGGAGAAAGUUUAUCACGGUAUAUUUUAUUCAUAUCAGUCGAUAUCGAUACAUAUCAGGAUAUAAAGACAGAAAUUUAACUGUGCUUAUCGGUAGCAUGUCUUUUGCAGUACAAUAAGCUACUGCAUCUGUGAGGUUCUUUAUGUCUCUUCGACGUUUUGUCGUAAGGCGUUGCGCUAGAGAAAGCUGACUGAAUUUCUGCUGGGGGUAGGACUCAUUUUCUUUUUUUCUCACCGACAGUGCUGUUGGCUUCACGUGUUAAAGUGCUAUGGUUGCGCGUAGCUAGUGCCUGCUACUAUGCAGUUGUUUGCUACUUAGUUCUAAUUCAGCACAUGAUUGGUUCAGUGCGGUACCAUCCCAGAGAAACUCCCUUUUUCAUUGGCCAUUGGUAUAGUCUACCAAAACAUGACAGAAUACCGACUAUCAAAAAGGAUAUUGACCAUGUUUUAUAUUAAUAUUGAGGGAAAUUAAUUUUCGAUAUAUAUUGUUAUCGUUUUAUCGCCCAGCCCUAGCAUCAUACUAUAUAGUUUCAUAUAGUAUCUGAUGUUAUCAUAAUUUAUCCUAUCCCGCCAAAUUAUAUCUGAAUGUAUUGCAUUUUAAGUAUCUCAUUGUAUCGUAUCCUAUCAUAUUGUACCAUAUAAUUUCGUAUUGUAUCAUAUUGUACCAUGUCGUAUCAUUUUGUUUCGUUUCAUACCGUAUCGUAUUCUAUUAUACUAUACUGUGUCCCUGUACAGUAAUUACAGAGAAUGGCAAAUAAGAGAUUAGAUCUUGGCUAUUUUGGCAUUGCAGGUCUUUGCAGAAAUAUUUGACACCAUAUUUAACAUGUAAAAGUGACUUCUGACCACAUACACAAUUUAACAGCUUAAUUGGAGAAUAUUUUUACACACUUCAUACAUUUACAGGACAAUAUAGGUAUUAAAUGCCAUUGAUUUUAUCAAUAAUGAGCAAAAAUCCUCAUACACAGAGUGAAAGUUGACACAGUUUGGCAUAAAUUCAUUAAACUUGAUUUGAAACCUAAACCAAGUUUUACAUGAACAUUUCUUGCUGUAUCUUCUUUGCAAAUCACUAAUGUUGAGUAUUUGUAUGUUUAAGAUUGAUAGCUUUGCAAACUUGUUGACUUUAGCAUGAAGCAGACUUUCAUCAAAGUAAGCUACUGUAGUUGCAGAUUUAUGGACGUAGAUGAAUUCCGCAAUAACUGACUUAAAGUCCAUUUUACGAUCCACCGGAGUCUUGCCAGGGCUCAUGUCCGUGUUGUCCACCCUUCAGCGGUAUAUCAGAGGGCAGUCAUUCUGUUUUCUCCCUUCAUCUGGCCAAAUGAGCUGUUGUAGCACUGUCAGGUCUUUGGUUGCAGAGUUUUACGGCGAACAGGGGGAGCGUAAAAUGCAUGAUUUCCUUUCACAUGGGUUGGCGUUCACUUCCCCUCUGUCUCACUGCUUCCGUCGUGUGAUUUACAAGCCCAGUCAUGUCACCCAUGGCCUUAACCCCUAAUCUAACCUCUGACUGCACUUAACCCUGACCUAACAGCUCCCAGGAGGACCAGACGUCAUUAUUAGACACAGUCAUGCCCAUAAACACAACCCCUAAGCAGCAUGAACUCUACCAUGUGUAAAAGUCUAAAGGCAUGAAGUUUAUCUUCUUUCGGCUUUUGAGCGUGCCAGAACUUGGUUUAAGUGGCUCGUAUUCUCAUUUGUUCACACAGUAUAAACAAUUGGCCUUCUUGCAAAAAAAGUGAAGUGAAAUUCUCUCCCACAACAGCACUACGAGUUCAUUUUGACUUCAGCCAGAUGGCAGGUGGCUGAGCAAGAUGGGAGAGUUAUUGUCAUCAAUCAGUGGAGAGUAAACAAAAAUGCACCACCGCUGCUCCUGAAAGAAAUGAGGAAAGUUGAAAAUCUAUAUUAGUCACUUUUAUUUUGGAAGAUUUUGUUUAAACUUAAUGAGCUAUUAGUUCUUCUUCGAGUCACCUUUGUUUAUUUAUUUUUUACUUUAUUGAAGUUCUAACCUUGUAAAACGAAACUGACGCAGGUCUUUGGGAGUUAAGAUGAAGACUCAUCCAUGCCCUAAUUUGAAUAAUCUCACCUCUCUUGUUUUGUUGAUAGUUGAUAGUGCAGUCAGAUUACAGAAGAGUCAUCAUAAGAUUAGCCAUUAUUAAAUAAAAAGUCAUUACAAAUGCUCUUGAGGUGAUACCUUACAUUUGCACAGACUACGGUAGCAUUAAACCCCCCCCCUGAAAAGAGAUCACAUCUUUCCACCUUUCAAAGAAUCCCAAAGAAAUCCCAAUUUAAAGUUUGUGUCUCUGAUCUCAAGUACAGCUGGUAUUAUCCGAGGCUGUUAACAGUGCGAAGAUGGAGUGCUAGAUAAUUAUCAUCAGUACAGUAUGUCUGUUUCUUCCUGUCUUCUCUCCCAUAUUCAGAUUCUGGUUAUGUAAUCGCAACAUGCCCGGUCUGUGGAGGCUGACAGCGUUGGAUGUCAGGCUGCAGAUAUAGAUCUCUUUUAUAAACCCAAAAAUGCCUCAGUGAGCUCGGGAGAGCAGUCUGCACCUUCUAAAUGGGGUUGGUCAGUUGGAUCACUCUUGUAUACCUCAGAAAGAGGGCAGAUUUGCGGGUACUAAUAGUGCUAUGACCUCAUCACAUCCUGCUUUCUGUUUGAUAGCAUCAACGUACAACAGAUCAGGAUGAAACAGAGUGGGUCCAGGCCAACUCCUCUGAUAGUGACACUGGAAGAAAAAAGCAUGUGAGAACGAGUCUUUCAAAAGCUGUGUGGGGAAAAAAAUAGUCUCCUUUAAAGAAAAAUGUAGUACAACCUUGUGGGUGGUUGACUGGAGAGGGACAACUUGUUUGAUGCUGCAGUACUUUUCGUCGGCCUCAAGGCCAGAACUGAUAGUGGCACCGGAGAGAUGAAGAUACUGUACAUGCUGGAGAUGCUCAAACUCCUGUCUUGUGUAGUUAACCUCACAUGGCACAUAGACUUAAGAUAUCGUGUUCUUCUAUCUAUAAAAGAGCCAAGUGCGUGCAGGUGCUCUGGCUUGCAUUUGCGUGGCAUCUCACAUGCUAGAACCCUGAAGCUGAUCUCCAGUUUGCUUUGUAGAGAGAAUUUGCAGCAGUGCUAAUGGCUUCGUACAAAAGUCUGUCGAGUUUGCUUUAAAAAAAAGAAAAAAACGACUAAUUUAAUCCCCCCUGAAGGAAAGAGAAAGAGUAUUUUAGGUAAUCUCAUGAACUUGAUGAAGCUAUGUGACAUUACCCCUUGGUCUGAGGAAGUGUUAUGAAGCCAAAAUAUGGAAGCCUCCAUAUUGGGAAUGCUGAUUCCAACUAACUGUUGGCUGAGCUAGAAACCAGCCAAAAAGCAGAGCUGAGCCCACAGCCUUGCUGUCUGGCUUUCAGCUACCACAUGCCCGCAUAUCAGCCAGAUUAUGUGUGCAAAACUCUCAGCCAUAUAAUAAUAAUAAUAAUAAUAAGGAGAAGAAGUAGAAGAACUUUAUUGAUCCCUGAAGUGAAAUUCAAUAAUAAUAAUAAUUAAACAUAUAAGAUGUAUUAAUUUAAAAAACAACCCCCCUGUGUUGUUGUCACCAAAAAGGUCAUGUAGUAUAAACACCUGAACUCUGCUGCUUUGCUGUUUUGUUGGGGGACAUCACCAUCUCUUAGUUUACAUAGCAAUGUUGAUUGAUUCAAAGCCUCUAACUGUUGAUUUUUAUGACAUAAUUACGAUUGCAAAUAAGUAAGAAAGUCUUCAGUGGUGCUUGUUCUGUCCACUUGGUAGUGCUGUCGAUUGUUCUCAGACAGAAAUAUGUUCCAAAUGAAAAUGUGGACUUAUUUUGGAUUUUUUUUAACAUGGAGUGAUGAGUGAAAAAUAAUAUACUACACUCAAGUAAUGAGACGCACACAGAGGUUCACAUCACUUGCCAGCAUCCAGGCAUAGCGUGAGCCGAUGAGGGCAAAUACUCAAUACUCAAUUUACUCUGACCAAAUACCACCAAGCCUGGCUGUUAAUUCAGAUCAAGCAAAGAAAGUCACAUAACCCUUUCACAAAGAUUUGAGGAAAAUGGAAGCUUUUGCUAAAUGCUACUUCAAGUUUAGGAAGAUUGAAUCUUCUCCACACAGAAAGGGCUCAUCUGAGAAAUUAAGGUCAUCACGAAGUUAAGAAACCUGACACUAAACACAGAGUAAAUAUCCAAACAACCACUAGUAAUAAUUCUGUAGUUUGUAGUGACCACCAACAGUAAAAAUCUUGCAUCAAAAACAGAGAGAGGAAGAGCACAAGCAAGAGGUCAUAACUUCAGCCAACUCUUCUUUGUGCAAACACAUUACCAGAGGGACGCGAGUUUAUCGCUGACUUUGCAGUUGUGUGUGCAGAAUCAGAUAUUCUUUUGGAAAAAUAAGAACUAACUCUGUUAGUCUUGUGAAUAAAGUGGAGCUGGAGAGUAGCCCUCAUUUGACCCGCUCCCCCCUGCAUUGCAAAGCAGCAUACAGAGGAUGUCCUGUAGAAGAUCCAUCCACAACACUGACGUAGACUAUCAAAAAAAAAAAAAAAAAAACAGCCUCCAAAUUAAUGUAGUCAUCCUAACUUACAGAUUUUAGGCACUUGACUCAACAAAAGUAUUGAAUGUUCAUUUGAACUGAUGCCUUUUUAUUGAAACUUAUCAAUAUUCAUUAGGUAUCACAUUUUCUUAUUAAAUUGUUGACAUUUUUUUUUUUAUCUACAACAUAAUUAAAAAUGUUGAAAAAUAAAAGGAAUAAAAGGAAUCUGAAAACAAAAGGGCUUCCAUAGAGCCCCAGAUUUGCUUUACUUUACCGUCACAGACAGAAGAUUUACACCCAUGUGAGUAUAACAGCUCACCAUAUGUGACAGGCAAUGACAGAUGCUGUAUCACUCUCCCCAGAAUAGACCAGUGUAUGAAAGUCACACCUGGAUGAACUAUUCCUGUAUCACUGGAUUGUUGCUGAUGUCUGAUGUGUGAAUGUUUUCAAACUCAGUUGGGUCCAUAUCAUUAUGGACACCAAUAUGUAUAUACAGCUCUUUUAUUUUGAAAAACACCAAGUCUCUCCAGCAUUAGAAUUUAGAAAUUAUUACUGUUAUUGUGACAGAGUGUUUUAGCAGGAGACUUAAAUAAGACAAACAAUAUAUUAUGUAAGUUGUAUUUUUGUUCGUUUUGCUUUUGUUAGAUUGGACAGCUAAUGAGAGCUAGGAAAUGUGAGGAGUAGAGAGAGUGGGGGAAGAUAUGGGACAAAGGCCUUGGCUGGGAAUUGAACCAGCGAUCAUUGCCAUGAGGGCUAUAGCCUCUGUAAGCAGACCGCUCAGUCUUGGAAAAGGCAAUAAAUCACAAUAUUUUGCAAUAUGUGGCAUUGUAAUGCUCACUGUAUCUAAAAAUGUUUAGGAUAAUAUAGUAGAGGAAGUGAAAUUUCAGCUCUGGGGUCUCUGCUGAUUCCCACUCCUACUGUCAGGAUGGUCUAUAACUGCCUCUUCACAAUAAUCUUGCCUUAUAUCGUGAUGUUUCCAGAUCAUUACCCCAGUCAGUCCCCCUUUAAUGCCAGUACCCUCCUGCGUUAGCGCCCCCUGUCUUCCAGCUUAUCUCACUUUUCACGGGUCUGUGCAGUGAGAAAAUGCCCUGAGGUCAUAUUUCUUCAAACAGAUCUUUGCCUCUUCCUCUUGCUAAGUGCAACUCCUCCUCCUCCUCCUCCCUCUUAGCCACAUCACAUCAUCUCAUUUUUUGUUGGAACUUCCUGAUUUUGCUCGACACCUAUUUCCUUUUUUGUGCAUUAGGCGUCCACAGCCGGCCACAGUCUGUAUGAGUGCUCUGUCAAAGUGGCUUCAGAGGUUUUGCCCUCUCAAGUGGAAGUGUUCCCCGAAGAGUUAGAGCCUAUCAGGCAGAUCCAUUUCACACCAAAGAGUCAAUAACUAGGCUGUGUGAUAAGACACGGGGGCUAGUGGGGGCUCCUUAGGACUUUAUGACUUAAUGGCUCAGUAUCCAACACUUUAUCUUUGACUCGGUUCAUUUCGAGUGAAGACAAUAGGAGUCAGGAUAUUCAUUAAUAUACACUGAACAUCCAUUUUUGUCCCUUUCUUUUCUUUUUCUUUCUAUUUUCCUGUAUUUUAAAUCAGUUCUUCAGCUUGUCUGUUUGUAGUCAUUACUCAAAAAGACAUCAGUGCAGCGAGAUGAUAUGGGGACAGAGGUGCAGGAUGUAACAGUCCCAUGAGACUCUUUGUCAAAACAUGUUCACUUAAGUUCUGUCGUAGUUACUUGAGCAUUAAAAACUAUCCAGCUGCCACUGAAGAACCCAAGCCUUUUGUUGCUGGAUGACAACAGAUACACCUUGGAUAUAAAUACAUCAAGGAAAUAUGAGGAAUUAAUUACCACCCUUGUGACAUAUUACUGAUUUUUUUUUGGGGGCUGAUUUUUGUGGGUUAAAUUUUAUGGGCAAUGCUGCCACCUGCUGGACAAAACAAGAAACUGAAUUGCAAACAAAAAGGGGGGCAUAUGACACCUCUGACUUCUAAAGAGGGGCAAAAAUAUCACUCUUUUUAAGGUGUAGAAAUAUCAAAAGGAUUAUAAGGACUAAAUAUAAUUUGUUAAAUAUAAAUUAGUUGGUGUUUUAUCUCAGCUGGUGCGGAUUAUAUUUGUAGAAUUGGCAACUGACAGUCUCUUUAUACACGCACACGGCACAGCUGUCAAAUCUUAUUCGGAUCAAACAAACAGAAAGACAGUUUUGUGUUUUAACUUUAAACUCAGCUCUUAUUCUGAAGAGAAGAAUCUAUUUGUAGAAUAUUUAGAGCAAAGUGAAGUUUGAUUUGUUUUAAUUGCACCAGCACACUGAUCAGCUUUUAUCAGCGUAUGCUAAAAAUAAAGCAUCUUAAUUUGGUGUCAACUCUCUCUCUCUCCACCUCUAACCUUUUCAGUUACAGCCCUAACAUCAUUUCCCUGUGACCCACAGAGAACUUAACUAGCCACAGGAUGAGCAGAGAGACAGUGUAGCACUUUGAUGCGGCAAAUGCAGUCCAGCAAAGGGCAGCGAGACACACCCUACACUGGCCACACUGUGGGUUUAGAUUAUUUCCUCCCAUCACUCAGACAAGCAGGCUCCACAGGCCAUCUAAUCCCCCUAGGCCCCAAAUGACCAUCUUCCAGGGCCAAAACAUACAGGCUAGACUAAGUGUUUGCACUAAGAUUAGUCAAGUCUUAGACAGCAUCCUCUUUUCUAGAUGAUUUUUUUUUUUUAAGUGCUAAAGAACAUGAAGGGGGAGCGAGAGAGACGAGCUUAACUGUCCGGCCUCUUAUCCUGUCUUUGUAACCUACAUUAAAUUAAAGGAGUGCAGGGGCCGGCUCCUGAUAUGUGUGAAAACCCAGAGAGAUUACACAGUGGUAAUUAAUAGGAGUAGCUGAGAUUACAAAAUGCUUGUAUCUGUGUGUGUAUGUGUGUGACCCUCAAAGCUCACAGGCGGUCUUCAGCCGGACAUACCCCCCACUGACCGUGCCCCCCACUGGGAAAUGUCUCGCCAAAGUCCCCAUCUGAGAGGUUUUCAGCUAUCCUGUGUCAUUUGCUACUUUAGCCAAUUUAUCACAACGUCACAAGUGUCUGAUAUGAAUCGCAGGUUUAAAUUCUUAAACAAAGACAGCUUGUUACGGUGCGUGUUUCUUUCUUAUGAAACAUUAAACUCUAUUACCAGGUAGGAGAAACAUAAAGCUACAGAUUCGCUUUUAUUCUCCUCGUGAAUGUUUUCAUCUGCUUUUGCUUUCAUCCUGCAUUUCAGAACACAUGUUGUUAGCGAGCUUUCAUCAGACAAAAGUAAGGUUUAUAAUUGAAACAUGAGGUGGGUGGCGACAGCUUUAGAUCAAAAGUAACAAUCCUGACAGGAAAUCAUUCACACUUACAACUUCAGCGAUGAAACUCAUCAUAAAUCCUUUCCAGAUGAGUAAAUACAACAUUUGUUAUGCACCAACAGACUUGCACACACUUGGAAAAGCAAUCGCUACAAAACAGGAAGGCCCCAUAAUGAAGAUUACUUAAUUCUGUCUGAAUCCAGAUGUAAUGGAUGUGCUCACAUGUGCUCGACGGGAAGAAGGCAGGACGUGAACAGUGAGAGGUCCGCACUUUCAUGUCGCCCCUUUCACGCAGUGAUCCCACAUUUCAUCAGCUGUGCCCCCAAAACACUUUUUUCACCUCACACCCACUCUGAGCACAGUAUCAUGUCAGUGUUUACAGGGGGGACAUCACAGGGUUGAGUGGGAGCUCCCUCUAGUGGUGAUAACGGGUCACUGCAAAGAGGCAGGUUUGGUUCGAAUUCUACUGUGGUUGUAAUGUAAGUAAAAUAAUAAAUAAAGUGGAAACAUCCUUUAAAAUAUCAAUCAAUAAAUCAGUAAACCUUUAUUUCUAUAGCAACUUUCAUUCAACUUAAAAGAGAAGUAAAAGAAAAAAGACAAAAAAAUAAAAAACAAUAAUGUAUUUACAAGUAGAAAUACAAACAGACAAAUAAAGAUAGAAUAAAAAAUAAUUAAACAAGAGUUCAAAAUAGCUUAAAACUUUGAAAAGAGAAGUUACACCAAAAACAUUUUUUUCUCUUUUUUUUUAAUUAUGCUGGAAAAAGAAUUUAGCCAUUUAAGAAUAUUAUUUAUUUCACCAUUUUCUUAAUAGAGACAAUUUUCUUUACCCCAAAACAUGUCAGAUGUAUAUUAGGAAGCCAAAUAGGUAUGUUUUUAAUGUGAAAACUAAAUAGUUUCUUUGACCAGACCCUGCUUUAUAGCACAUUAAAUAAAGCAGGGAUUAAACAUGGGUUGAACAAUGUGGCUUUGACUCAUUUAGAAAUUUCAUAUUUAAGCACCUAUAGAACCACAGAUGUCUUUGCAGGAUGUAUGAAAGGAAAUAAGACUGUCAACAACAAGACUGAAUACUUAAAGUUAAUAUUGAUGCCUUAAUUUCUCUUGUGUGGUUGGUGUAAUCAAGAGCAUCCUGCCGAAUCAGCCUUUUCUACAUUUUACAUGGUGGAGUUUCACAACAAGAGAUGCAGAUAUAUGUAUAAAAGAAGAAUGAGAAACAGAUUUUUAUUAUUACCUUUUUUUAACUAAUGUAUAGAGCAAAUUAAGAAGAGAUUGAAUAUACUAUUAUGAUCACAUAAGGUGCACAAAAUGAACGAGUUCCUCACGGGAGCUUUACAGGAGGUGGUAAAUAUUCUUAAAAAUUAAGUGUUAGGGGUGAUCUUUUUUUACCCCUGUAGUUUAUUUUUUGUCAGGGGUUUUCCUCCUCCUGUUGUUUGAUAGAUCACUGGUGCUGGUUUUCUUUUUUUAGGAGGUAAAUCAAUGCUUAACAUCUUAAAAAGCCAAGCCUGGCCCUCUCUUCCACAUCAGACUCCAUCCUUAAUUACAUAAUGGGAUGAAUUAAUUGACUCGAUUAAUCCAGGUGACCAUCUGUCGGCCAGUCUCUGUCCAGACAGCGACCGACUGGUGAUGGUGUAAGCCAGUCCUCGACCAACCUUUAAUUCCCAGCAUCAUGAUCGGUCUAUCCCCCUGUAGUGGAGGAGUCUUAUCAGAAAGUCCUUUAAAUAUUAGGGUACAACCGUUUGACAUGCUUUCAUUUUACCCUCCACUGAUUUGAAGGAAACUAAAGGGGUAAGAGUGUGUUUUGCAAGGACUUGUUUUGACAUGAGUGUCAGGAAAAAGAGUAGCUGAGUGUACAUACGUACUCCCCCCGUAUGAAUUUCUUUUCUCAGCUCAGCUGUCACACAGUAAAAAGCGAGGAACAAAGCAGCAGCUUUGUGUCAUGUCAUUUCUGAAUAGACAAAGCAGUGACUUUUUUUUCCCUGAAACUCUUUAUUUUGUCUCUCUCUCUCUCUUUUUCUCACUCCGGGGGCCUUGAGCUGCUAUAAACUUUAAUACGUGGCGUUCAAAUAGGUGCAGCUUAGAGCUCAGCACACACACUCAGCAAGCUGGGAACAAAGAGUUACCUCCACCCUCUCUGCUGCCUUUCAACUUGAAAUCAGCAGCCUUAUCACUUACCAACAAAAGAACACCAGAUUUAAAUAACGUGUCAAUUCUUCCUCUUUUAAAAAUGAAUCCAAAUGUCCAAAAAAAGGGAAUUGGCUUUGACAUUCUCUGAAGCAAAGACCUCACAGACAGAAUUCAUUGGUGUUGGUUAAAAACCAGCUACAGCCCCCUAAUAGCUAGUAUUUGAAGCAGCAACUCAACAAGAACACUCUCGUGCUCGUCUCUAAUGAUACCAGUCCACAGAGAGAGGAUUAGUGGGGUUUUGGUGUAAAUAUAUCACACUUCCUGUUUACUCUGAGUUGAAGCUGCUCGAGCCAGUGUCUAACUUUAAAGUGUCUGUGGGUGGAUGUGACAUGACAUGACACAAAGAUGAUUUUUCUUUGAAACACACUUGUACUCGCAAACGAUCCUCCAAUUACCUCCAAUUAAUUUCAAUAUUUAAAAUCAAUAAACGCACUUAAUGCAAAUAAUUGAAAUAAACUGUGAUGUCCUCUGACUCCAGCCAGAGUCAAAGGUCUGCUCAUGAAGUAAAAUCUCACAGCAAAGACAAAAAUAUUUCCAUAUCUUGUCCACUAGGGGGCGGCACACAGCCUCUGUAGGAGUCUUUCUGGGCAAAGCGGCCUCAGCUGGCGGAAGGUUUUGUAGUUAAUGACAAUUGAAAAGCUACUUAAACUGUAAUACCAGACUAUAUACUUAUGAUUUAAGAGAACCUGUAUAUUUCUUCCCUCUGUAGGCCACAUGUCGUUUUCAAUUUCUGCUUGAUAGAACCUUGUUCCUCUGACUCUGAGCUCAUACAGCGAUGACAAGGUUAACCAGUACCAAAGAAAACUGGUGAUUUUGUGGUUCCUGUUGUCAGUAGCAUGGUUCUCUGAGCUCCAGCCAGCACCACACGUGAAUGUUAUGGCACCAAACACAAACUGGUAUGGCACAUCCAUGCUCUGCUGAGUUUUUCUUUCUUUUUGCACUAAAUAAAUCCUUUUCUUUCAGGGCCAUAAUGAGCAGGAGGCGUAUAAAGCUCUAAAGGGGGGGGGGGGGGAGAAGAGACGCAGUGAGACGAGAUGGGAGAAGCAAGGGGAAGAGAAGAGAGAAAUGAUAUUUUGUGCCAGAUCUGUGGUACAGGCAAAGAGAGAGAGAGAGCGAGUGCUCCUCUAGUCUUAGCCCUAUUUGAAACAGAUGCUGUUUAUAACCCAAAACCUUAAUGGGGAGCUCUCUGGUCUGGUGCUGGCCUAUGAUCACGUUCCAGCCUAGCUCCAGUGCCCAUCUUUUUUUCUGGUAUGGGGAAAAAUGCCACAGGAAAAAGAAAAAAAAAAGCCUCCUCUCCCCCUCCUGUACCGGGGGCAGCUCCUCUGUGAAGCCCUAGAUUUAUCCAAUCAAACCAAGCUCUCUGUGCUCACUUCAAAUAGCCACCCCCCUGACUUCAGCCACGCACUAAAAGGAGCCCUCAUCUUUCCUCUGACCACACAGCAAUAUGACCAAAGACAUGCUUAUUAUUUUAUAGACUGUGAUCUCCCAGCACAUGUAAAAGCAUAACCUAAAAGUGUGGAUUUUUCAGGUUACACGUGAUCCCUUAAUAAAAUCUGCAGCCAGCUCUCUGGCACCCUGCGUUUCACAUGAGGACAUCAGAAAUAUAUCAGCUCGUACCACUAUCACACAGCUGUUGGUAGCACCAACGUGAGCAUAUGUCCCCCAUAUUUUGCAUAAAGCUAAUUUUUUGCCUAUUCAAGCGCCCCACUAAAAACCGAUUCAAUAUUUAUUUUGAUUUGGUGAACCUUUUAAUCUACGUCUUCCUGGUGAGCGCACAACAUCAAAGCCGGAGCCGACCACAUCUCAUCAUGCAAGAAAUCACAUAAUAUCUCUUCCAUUACUGAGAAACACUGCCAGGAUUACGACACAUGAUUACUCAUGUAUGUGCUUUGUCAAGCAGAGAAUUAACUGGUCUUUAGUUUUUGCCCACUGGUCACACUGACAGAGUGGAUUUCUGAAAUGUAGAACACAGAUCAGGACGAGGGAAAAUACCUUUGUGCCGUUAAAAGUAUGCUAGUUUGUCUUUAUCUUGAUAGACUAGGCACACCAAGUGUAAUAUGCCUGUAUUGAGAUGUCUGUGUCCUUUUUCUCCCUCAUAAACUUUUUUUGUUUGUUUUUUCAUGUUUUUGUUUUUCUUCAUUUAAUGACCAAAAUAUGCCAAGAACAGCUCAUUGCAACAGAUGUGCAAUACUGCAGGUCUGAGCCAUUUGUUUAAAAAAAAACAUCAAUUAUGAGUGACGAGUUUGGUUAAUAACUAUCUGACUUAAACCCAACAUCCAUCACCUUAAUAAGAAGUAAUCCUGCACUGUUUAUUAACUUUUUUAGAAAUCCUGGGAGAAGUUUUUACUUGGUUAUGAAAAUCACUGAAACUAAUACUGUUAUCUCCUCAUGAGCUGCUAAAUCACACCUUAAGUGACAAAAACGACAAUUUCCAUCCAUCCAUCCAUCCAUCCAUCCAUUAUGGCGUUACCCAUUCGGGGUCAUAGGGAGCUGGAGCCUAUCCCAGCUGUGACUGGACUUUAUUUGCAUAUUCUUAAGUGAAGUCCACCAUAAAAACAGCAAAGAUAAGACGUCCCACUUUGUCCACAGAUAGUCAAAAAUUGAUGCAAACUGAAAAUUUCUCGCAGACGCUUUAAUAUUUAUUUGUACAGGGAUGAACACGAAGCAUAAAACAUAAAACAUGGAUAUAAGUCUGCGAUGUCACCCACUCUCUGAUAAUGUGUUUUGAAGCCCAAUGAAGGGGGUGUCAAACUAGUAACGCUGUCUCAACCUUACUUUCAAUCAAUGUGGGCAAAACCAAAGAGGUAAAACUGAGGCAGGUAUGAAGCCCCCAGGCAAACACCUGCACCCACUUGUCCGUAACCUCAACCUAAUUAUACAAUUUCUGAUUAUUAACAACUCUCACAACUUUUUAUAUUUUCUUAACCAAUGUUAAAUUAAAAACUCAUCCCUUAUACAGUGUGCACAAAUAAGAGUUUGAGCUACAUUCCCAAGACUGUCUGUAGCAUUUUAACAUGAGACCUAAUAGGGAUUCUUCGGUUUUUGCAGCCGGACUCAAGUGGACAUUGAAGGAACUGCAGUUUGUGUCACCUCUCCACUGACUUCUUUUUUUACCAACACAGCAAACACUAACACUACAGAGUGACACUGGAUAUUAAGCAUAUAAAAAGGAUCUAUAUCUUGAGCUAAUUUGCAAAGUCCUCCUUAAUAAAAAUGAACAACGAAUGUGCAAGUUUCAGUACAUAAACAUUUUUGCAGUGCAAUAACAUUGUUUAAUAUUAGAAUAAACUUUUAAGGGCGUGAAUAUUAAAUAGUUUAAUUUAGCUAUAACUGAAGAUUACCUCAUUUCUGCUCCCUUUUACUUGUGUUUACAUAUUCCCCCUGAGUCUGACAUCAAUCCAGUUAGCUUUAGUAGUUAUUUCACCUUUAUCUCAGCAACAAUUGGUUAUGUAGGUAGCUAAAAGCAAGCCUGAGCCUUAUUUGUCUUAAUCAAAAUGGUAUUUCACUUUCAUCUAGUUUAAGUAAAAUGUACAAAGGCAAGUUGAGGGACUUGUUUGUGCAUAUUGAAAAAAUUGUGGUAUUGUUAUUUGAAAAGCCCUCAGUGCAAUAACAAUAUAAUUGUGAUUUAUUGUCCAGCACUACAUGAAAACCAAAAAUAGUUUGCACAGUGGCAUUGUAAAGUAAAGAUUUAUGGCUUAUGUUUCAUUGUAAAUGCAUGGCAGUGUAGUUUAAAUAUGCCCAGGUCUAUAUUUGAGGGUCAGACUGUGCAGGUCUAUGGAGGGGGCUGCAGCAUUAAGCUAAUAUUUGUGAGUAACAGCAGAUCUGCAGCCUCGGAGUAAACACUGAGUGAUAGCCUGAAUUUCAGCCCGACACAUGCUCUCCACACAGCCCAAGGGCACACGCACUCUGAUUUACACCAAACACUGACAGAAAAUGGGGCUUUGGGGAAAUUACACUCUUAUACCUUGCGCUGAACAUGAAAACAUUUCCUAUUCAAAUACUGAGUAAACUUUGAAUUUGUUGUUGUUUUGCAGGCUGAGAAAUGUUUGCUAAGAGUUGUGCAGGAGCUUGAAUCCUUCUGGGGCUGUUUGAAAAGAAGGAGUGGGAAGGAUGGUUAGUGUUACUCUGGAUUACAUGACUGGAACUGUGAAAUAAAAGAUCUAAACAGCAUCUUACUGUUUAGCCUAUUCUUUGUGACAGAGAGGGAGACAGAGACGCAGAGGUCGACUGUAGAAGCGCUGAUGUAAACUUUGUUCUUCAUCGUCUGUGAAAGAACCCUGUGCCAUCUCUGCGUACUGUGUGAGGUCUUCAAGGUAUUUUCAGGUCAUGCCAUUUGAUUGUCUCAUUUGUGGGUAUAAGCGGCGCCGCACUGGAGCACAAACUGUGUGAUUAUCCUGCGAUAAUUAAAUGUCAGUGUUGAUAAAACUGAUACCAAAAUGCUCACUGAUCCAACCUGUUUAUUUUCACUUUUUUAUUUUGUGUUCCACUGACUUUUUUCAUCUAUGAAAGGGAAAAAAAAGGCACCGUUCAAACAUUUUGACGCCCUUCUCCCCAUAAUUUACAAUAUAAUUGACUGUUUUUGCCCAUGCAUUAGCCUGGGAUCACAGGCCCCCGAGGUUCAGACAUCUCUUUUCUCAGCGCAGAUCAAAUGGAGCCAGCUAACCAACACAUUGAAAUCCCUCGCAAGGAAAAUUGGGCUGCAUAAAUAUGGAUUUUAAUCACUGCCCAGUAUUUAUCUUUCUUCUCCACUCAUCUUUUUGAUGUUGCCAUAUUUUCCGGCUAAAAUAUGAGUAACAUCUUAAUCAGGGGAUGACAGGGAAAGCAGUGUAUUUCUACUAUUUCCUGUAAUUGUUGUUUUGCCAGAAUAGAGAUCUCCAUCUUUAAUUAGUUACGUAAACAUAUAGUGCCUUAGUUCUUUCAUUCUGGGGAGCUAACUGCUGGAAGGAGAGAAAAAAUCUACGGCCAAGAGUCUGUGAUUGACUUUUCUCAUGGACCCAGAGUGCAGACAAAGACUCAAAAGGGGGUCCAAGUGGGAAAGGGCUAAAAAAUGUGCCCAGCAAGCUCCUUCAGUAUUUUCCAGCCGCCUUUUGUAACUACAGCCACAUUUCUUGAAUUGUCAGUGACUCCCCGGCACCAUCUAAACACAUCAGUCACAGGGGCUGUCUUAUUUAUUUUAUCUGUUGUUCCCCUCUCUUUCUCUUUGUUUUUGUUCCUUUUCUUACUGUCAGGUAUUUAAGCAGCCUGCCGGUUUUAUAGAGCUCGCUGAAUGGUCUUGAUGGACCCAAGACUCAAUGGACAGCAUGUGACCCAUCUGACCAGAGCUCUUUUAUGUACCGCCUCUCUUUGUUGUUUUGUUUUUGUUUGUCUGUGAGAAAAGGAAGAAAAGAGCACUUCAUUGGGUAGGAGGUUACCAACUUGCUCCAUUAAGGCGUUGGGGAUUUCAUUAGCCACAGUCAAACAAGGCAAUAAAUAAUAACUUGUGACCUUUUGAAGUCGUUCAGACCGAGAAGUGGGAAGAGUGAGCUUCAUCAGUAGCUGACAAAGACGCUCCUCCAGCCUGUUGAAAGGGUUUGCUGGGUAAAGAGCAGAGCUGUUCUCCUUAUUGUUUUAGCGUACCUCACUUUGGCCAUUUCUCAUCAUGAUGAUUGCCGGACAUCACUAAAAAUCUCUGGCGUGGUUGUAUUUGCCGGAUGAGUAAAACAAGGUUCAUUGUGACAUGUGCGAGAAAUGGUUCUCUUCGGGCUCUAGUACAUGCAGUAUUACUUUGUACUAUGAACCCCGAAAACGCCGCAUCGCCACACUCCAUCGUUGUUCUCAAGAAGACCGAUUUUAUUUCUGUUUUGUUCUAAAUCUGCUGAGGCGAAGUGUGAGGGCGGUUUAAUUAAAGAUUAAGAGAGCACGACCCCCCAUCGGACCUACAUUUCAUUGGCCCCCAAAUUUGCGUGACCUGGCCAGGAUGGGGCUUUUUGCUGAGUUGCCUCAUACAAUGGCCUCUGGGAAUUCACUGCCCCCAUUCCCACUCCCACUCCCCUCAAAAAGUCCUGACGUCCCCUACAACUCUGCACUACUUCCUGUAAUCAUCCCCACAUGUGGUGGUGGUAUUUAGCCCCCUCUACCAUGGCACACGUCAUUAGGCUGAGCUUUGAGCAGGUCUACCUUGCUCCGGGCCAAAGGUGGUGGUGGUGGGGGGCAGAGUCACUUUCUUUAUAGUAGUGGGGGGUGUUUGGAGGUGGGGGUUAAUCAAGCACCAGCUCAUUCAUACCACCUAGAGAGGUUUUGACAUACCACGGUAGUUGCAGCAGCCUACACAUCGCCCAGCAGAAGCUCUCAUCUAUCCCUGGGACUGGCUUCACGUGAAGGGAGUGUCUGUAGGAGUGUUAGGAGUCAAAGGUCAAGCCUGUGAAAGCUGUAAAUCCCAGAAGGGGACUGGCCUAGAGGUCAGCCAGUCAUGGCGAUUAGAGGAGCCAGCUACAAGAUGCGAGAGAAUCGGGGGUGGCACAGAAAAAUCACCAAUGGACCCCUGCGAUGGGGGACAGACUCUAUUGUUUUUCAAAAAGCCACUGUGACGACAUGCGUGGUUUAUUUUUCAGGAUAACAGAAAGAACUUCCUCAAAGAGAAAGGAUCAAACAUAUGAACCACAUGGGACAAUGCCUGUCCUGUUGACUGGAAGUCUUGGGUUUUGUUCAGGUGUAUGUCUGCGUGUGCAUAUUUUUGUGUCGGCAGAGGCUGUUUGCAUAAUAGAUGUGUUUGCUUACUGCAAGAUUUUUUUUAAAUGACAAAUAUAAAUAAAAAAACUUAGAUUUUCUAAAUGAAUUAUUAGGCCUGAGAUACUACGUUGUUCAGCCCCUCAUCUAUUUGCUCAAACAGUUGUGUUUGGUACUUUUAGCGGGCAAAAAUCCAAAGAGUGGAAAGUAGAUUUACGUCCACUGGGUAAAAAUUUUACAUUUAUAGCUGCAGCAAACCUGAAAGAAGAUGAAUUUACCAUAAAUUUAAGAUCGACUUCCAGUGGCAACAACAAUGCUUUGGUUUGGAAGCUUUUUAUGUUCAUAAAUGUCCUAAAAUAGGAGCCUGCAGUUACACAGAUUUCAUACUGCUUUGUGUUGUCUUCAUUUGAGCAUCACAGCCAGUCAGUGAGAUCGACUAUUGUCUCUCAGCAACCACUUACAGACUCUUCUCGCUCAUUUAUGCCGAUCUGUAUUUGUGGGAUUUCUGGGCGCUCCAGAGGCGCACUGGUGUGGAGCUGCACACAAUAACUCUCUAACAGAGUUUCAGUUCUCUGCUUUUGUUGGCUGAUUCCACAUACAUCAAUGCUCACAAGGGAAACUCAGAAAAUAAAAGAACAUUUCUGGUAAUUUUCAGACAGUUUUUCCAGUUUUGCCAUUAUUCGGAUCAAUUCACUGAAGAUUUUACUGAUUCAUGUACAAAAAGAGGACAGUUUGGAUUCUGUAUUGCUGUCUGAAUACAAUUCAUAGUUCCGAACUUCAUCACGGAAGUAUAUUGCAGUGGCUACACUUACUUCAUCAAUAAUCUUACAUCUACCCAUGAUCAAUGCAAAGACAGUGCUGCUCUCACCAUUACUACAACCUCAGGAGUAUCUCUGAUUCUCAAAUGUUUUACCUGGAGUCCUUGUCAUAGUGCAAAAAAACUUUAAAAAGAUGUGUCAGUUUAAUACUAUAUAAGAAUUAGAGAAUGGCUUUUAAACUGAGUGUAUAUCCGGCUCACCUUAUAACACAUAACUUUUGUUGGGAGUCUCAGAAAACCAAGUUAAUGAUUGUUAAUGUUAAAGCUCCUGUGGGGAGUUUUUUGAGAUCUCCUCACAAACUGAUAUUCAUACUGAUGUCUGUUUACGAUUUACAAAAGUAUACACACAAAGUCCAUCAGCAACACGAUUGAUUAUUUAUAUUGUCAUUAUCGCAUGCCUAAAGCCAGUUUGAGAGGGUAGGUCACAGCCAAGAAGUCAGAAACAGCUCUGAGUUUUACAAGCUUUAAACACCCUUAUUUGUAGUAAGUUUGUGGAGUAAGAAACACAUUAAAAGUAAAAAUAAACAUUGUAUUAUUUAAUGAUUAUUGUAUGCAUACUUUUAAUUAGAUGCAACAAAUUUAAAAACCUUGGGACAGGGUCAACUAAACACUAAAAAAGUUGUGUAAUAUCACAUUAAAAAAAACCUAUAGGGACAUCCCACAACUAAUUAGGCUAGGAGCAUGAUUGUGUCGAAGAGGAAAAGCGCUGUAGAAAAUCUGUCAGACGUAAAGAUAGGAAAAGGGUCACCGCUCUGUUAGAGGCUGCGUUGGCAAGCUCAACAAUUUCAGAACGAUGUUCCUCAAGUAUAAUUGCAAAGAUUUGAGGAAUUUUAUUAUCUAAAGUACAUAACAUUAUCAAAAUAUUCAGUGAAUUUGGAGAAGUCAAUAUACAAAAGGGACAAGGCUUAAAAACCAAUACUGAAUGGCUGUGAACUUCAAGCCCUCAGGCAGCGCUGCUCUCUAAACAGACAUGUCUGUGUUCGGGCAUGAAUUGAUUUGAAAAUCACUGCAUGGGCUCAAAACCACUCCCUAAAACAAUUAUCUGUUAACACACUUUGUUGCUGCAUCCACAAAUGCAGGUUAAAUCCAUGCAAAGAGGAAACCAUAUUUAAUCGUGAUCCAGGAAUGCUUUCGAUUUCUCUGAUGGACUCGGGCAAAGUGGAAACUGUCCUGUGGUCUGGUGAAUCCAAAUCUGACAUCCUUUCUGGGGAUCAUAGACAAUGCUCUAAAGAUGAGAGGGACCACCCAGUUUGUUGAUCAGUGCAUAGGAGUACACGUCCAGGCGCCAUUCAAGCUAAACAACAUAUUCUGUCAUCAAGACAAUGACUUUUUUUAAGGGAAGACCUUCCCAAACCACAUUAUACAUAUGGUUAGAGCAGUUUGUGCUUUGGUGUGUUGCUCAAAGAAACACCAGAGGACAAGAGCAGCCGAAGAUCAUUCUUAUCAACUGGGAGGGGGAAUUUGCCAAAGAUUGUAUUUGGACUCAGGGUCAUUUUAGGAUGAUAUUCUUUACCAAAGUGAUUGUAGGUUAAAAAUAACACAACCUAUCUUUUCACCCAAAGGUUAUCGUGACAUGCAAAACACUAAAUGUUUCCACAGUUGGUGUAAUAACGGCGCUUAAUGGUCACUUCUGUAUUCUUCCACCUUCAACAAAUGUGCGGUCCAGCUUGCGAUGAAGGGAAGGGUUACUGCCUCAAUACUUUCCUACAUACUGGGUUUUAAUAAGGUCAGGAGAGAAUCUGGCAGAGAAUAAUGGAGAAACAUUUGCGGUUCUUAUUAUUUUUACACAGCCAACAGCCGAGUCUGUUGCACCACGAACAAAGAGGAGGUAAAGCCAGUGUAAACAAAGCGCAGAGGUUAUCAGCCCUGUUAGAGUGAGAAGUUAAAAGAUAAUACACUCAUAGGCUUGAGAAAAUGUGAGGAAAAUGGAAGGCUUUACAAUCGCAGGAAAGAGGGUUUAAUUAGCAUUGAUUUAUGUACUAUAUAUAGUUGUUAUUUUUUGUGUUGUCAAGUGAUUGUGAUCUGUUAUCCCAAGAUUGAUUGCUUCUCACUGCACCAUUGCACCUGCUGAAAUUGCUGAAUUUCCUUUAUUUAACAAAAGAUAUCACUUAAGAAAAAUCACCCAAUUGCUGAUUUCAAAUCAGACUUCUGCAAAGCACUGAAUCAAUGUGAUGAAUAAAUUAGAGUUAAGGUGACCAAAGUAGAUGCAUUACACGGAUACAUCCUUUACAAGAAAACUCUUCACAGGAAAACCUGAAGCUGUGUCAGGUGAAGUCUCAUUUUGUGUUGUUGUUGAACUAACAUCAGUGCAUGUUGGGAAUGUUCCUUGGUUAAAUAGAAAUUUAAAUUAUGUUAAGCUGACUUGUCUAAGAGUAAAUAAAUACUCAGAAAAUAACCCAAAUUUAGCCGAAUUUAUGUAGCAUGGCAAAUCACAAGUGUUUGGGUAAACUGUGUCAAACUGUUUUGUGCCAUCUUGAAGGUUAACGUUUCCAUGCCAGUGCUACGCCAGUUUAACCAAAUACACCCAACUUUUUCAAGGUCAAAAUACUGUCAGACCAUGCUUUGCAAAAAGACAACAUCUAAAUCCACAUUAUGGCAUGUGCUCAUAGUUGGAGUUUUGGUCGUAUAGUAAUGAGAAUAUAAUUAUUUAAUUCAACUGCCCAGCAAUUUUGGCGCCAAGUAAUGUGUAAGGCUACCUUUUACCAUUAAGUCAAUCAAAUGCGCACAUCCCAAACACAGGCUGUGAUAUAUUUUGUGCUGUUGGCUGCAUAACGUGUUUCAUGGACUUUGGAUACUUUUACGUUUUGUGAAUAUUUACUGUGUUUAAACUAGUUUGUGCUUCACAGUAAUAUAGAAAACAAUAAGAUUGAGGACUCAGGUAAAUUUUGUGUAUAUAAAUGUAGCUGACAGUGUGUUUUCUACUCUCUGCACUGAGAGGUGUACUUUCAUGUGUAUAUGAAACUGCAUUCAACUUUAGAUGUUGCCAAGAAACAUCGCUCUGUUUACUCCCUAAAAACAAAACCCUUCAUCGAGCUCUUACAUAAUUUAAGACUUCUGCAAAUGUGCAGUGUCACCUGGGAAGAUUCUGUAAAUAUAAAAAGGGAUAGUGUUAUUUUUAUUCACAACGUCUCAACAUGAGAAAUAAACAAAGCAGAUAAUUUACUGAUAUUAUCUGUUAUGACUACAAACUCUUAAUUCAUCAGUCGUAUGGCACAACAACUCUUCCUCCUACACACGCAGAGAAGUGUCUGAGGCAGUUAGUGUAAGAAAUGAAAUGUUUUAACCCAAUUAUUGAGGACAGAAACACUUUCCUGAAUGAAACACAAACACUCUGAGGAGCUCCGUUAUGAGUUAAGUCUCUGCCUUUGUCCGCACAAUGGCUAUAGAGCCUUCAUCCUUCAUCUAGGAAGCCUUUGCUCCCGUUCACACUCACACCGUGACCUCAGUCACCUCCAGACAAGUUAACUAUUCCCCCUCCCGCACACGCAUACUUACCCUUGGUCCAAACUAAGGGAGGAUGAGUGGUGAACCACUUAAAACAAGCCGGCUGAAAUAGAGGCGUACCCAUCACCUCCCCACAUUCACUUAUUCCCUCUUAAAUGAGGAGAAGUCAAAGACAGAAAUUCUAAUCACUUGCCUUCCCCUCCUGUUUUGUCCAGGGAGAUAAAUAAAGAAUAGAAUACGAUUUGAGCCAAGGCCAAAGGCAGGGGAGGCACUCAAAGUAUUGUUGGAUGAUCUCCACUUAGUGGAGGCAGGGGCUGAAAAGAGCCCUGUCUUGUUAGUUAGUGUGUAAUGAACAACUUUCACAAGCCAGUUGGUCAAUGGGAAUCACAGCGCUCCAUUCUCGCGCUCUUAGAAAUUCACAUUGAAGAUGGCUGGCACGUUACCGACUCGCCUUUAAACAAAUAAUGAAUGGAUUAAUACUAAUAUCAUGAUAAACAAUUCGUUUUUAUCUGCGAUGUUUGUCUCAUAUUGGUCACCAGAGACCUGAGCUGCAUCUUUCAUGUAGCUGGUUAAAAGGAACCAGAGUGGAGGCGUACAGAGGCUAAAAAGGGACCGCCUCUGUUUAGUAAUGACUCUCUCUCUCUCUAUCUUUUCAUAUGACCAGACCUUUCAUUCCAUCCUUUUCACCACAAAAGAAAAAGAAAAAAGUUUGUCAGUCCCCUGUUCCUUUUGUUGUGUGCUUUCUUCUCCAUGCUCUUUCUACUUUUAUCCUAAUCCCAGCCAUGCAUGAGCGAUCAGUUGUGUCCUGUUGUUUCACUGUUCUGCUAGUUUUCAAUCAGUAGGGUUCCUCCUUUGUUCCUUUUCUUUGCCAAACAUAGAAAAAAGGUGAGGAGAGGAACGAGUAAUGAAAUCUCCUCUGUAGACUCGGGCCUUUGUAUCCCUGAUCAGGAUUUUUAGAUAUAGCUCUGACUGUAAUUAAGGGAGAUUGUUGCUGUGAUGCUGCUCUCCGCUGCCUUUCCUGUUGCUCUUUGGAGAGUUAGGGGAAAGGCUGCAUCAAAGCUUCAAGCUGGAGUCCAGCAAUCAUGGAAACUGCACUGUUUUGAUGUAUAAAUCCAAUAAAAAAUCAUCAGCGGACAUCAGAACGUGUUGAAAACCAGGACCUGACAGGCCGAGACGUGACUGUUUUUGUCUUCAAGAGACAAACAAGACGGCAGAACAUCAGAAAAUCUACCUGACACCAAAAAAAGUGAAUCAUGAGCCGACUCCUGCAAGACAACACUCUGGGUUGUACUUAAGACACCUCAGCAGAUGCUUUGAUCCUCCUUGGAACAUUUAGAUAAAAGCUUAAAUCAACUGUUUUUGCUUUUAUACUUUCGUCCAAAUGAAAGUCUGGUUGUUAAAGACCGAUUCUGACUCCCAACAUCGCUGUACUUUUUAAUGUGUGUAUUCAAAGAGCUCUACAGAACACGUUGUCCAGUGUGCAGACUACUGCUGUGUGCUUUUGCUGAGGUGAUGGUUAUUAGCGUGAUCAUGGUGCUAUGCUCUCCAUAUGGGCUCAGUGGGGACAGAGGCUGAGGCCCGCUCAAAGGGACAGUCAUUGUUACAGGCUGAUCUCUAAUCUCUGUGGUUGUCUGCCCUAAUUAAAAGUCUUGUGAGUGUGUAGGGUGCCUGGGCCUCUGCUCUGCAGGAAAUUAUGAUCGCAAACGUCUUCCUGUAGAGUCCUGCACUUGGCACUACAAAGUGACGCGGGCCGCCGUUACCUGAAUGGGCUGGAAUCAGAGCAGACAGCCGCAUCAUCCCAGCUCUUAGUCUAUCAGGCCGUGCACAAGUGGCCAUUGUUGACGCCAAAAACGGGAUUAAGGAGGGUCUUCAAGGGAAUUGAUUUUCAUGUGAGAACAAUAGUGGGGCGCAGAACACUGGGGCCUGGGUCUGAAUCACACGGCCAAAGAGCUUUAUGAAAAGGGGUGCGCCGCGAGCACUGAGAUUAAAGCAAUCAGGUUCUUUACCCCCACUCUUCUUGGAUAACCCCCCUCCUCCCUCUCCCUCUCUCCCUCAUCCCUCUGUCCUUGUCCUCUCCUCUCAGUAAUUUUAGCCCAAAUAAUGACCACAGAGGAAGAAAAAGAGGCACAAGUUGUUUACUUUUCCCCCGCGUUUCCUUUUUCACUUUGGUCUAACAAAGGUUCAAGGGCCAUCGACAGGGCGGAGGUAUGUGGAUCUCGUUUGCAGAAUGUCUGAGCAGAUUCUGGACACUCUGUCCAACGCCGCUAAGAGCCAGGCCAAAGGCUCAUCUGUGUGUACAGAGAGAAGCUGUAGGGAGUGGGUUUCUAGGCUGGGAGGCGACAUGGUUCUUUGGCGUUGGGGUGAACAUGACGUGUCACUGAGAGGGGAUCAGGGGUUACGGAUAAAAGGGACGGCCGCCUUGUCCUCUGUCUUUGGCCGACUGCGUGCAGCUGUGGGCACCAUUGUGGACGAGCUCAUUUGCAUACGUUUGGCAGGAGCUCUGGGAGGCAGCGCAGGCCAAGAGGAGCCGUCCUGUUUAAAAUGGAGGCGAAAGGGCGGGCAAGUAGACACCCAGUGUAUGCAGAUACAUACCCAUACAUUAUGUGCCCUACAGUACACACAACAGCAGCGUCCAAGAGAGAAAAAAGGCUUGUUAGUCCAGUGUCAACAUGUAAAUACAAACAGAAGAGAGCAAGAGUGUAAGUUGUACUCUGGUGGGUGAUAAGGCCAUGUCACCCUGAUGUCAUAAUGACAGAGCGACGACUGAAGGAGUGUGCUGUGUGGGGCUCUUGGCCGGCGGCGGAGGGGUGUGUCCUACCCUGACUAGAGACAGGUUUAUUGGGCCUGAUGAGUGCUAAGCUCCUGUGCCUAGCCACAAUGGAGCCUGUGAUCUCCCUUUGUGGCUCAUUGGGAAGCACUGGUGCGCUCGGCAGCCCCCGCUCUGUCAUUAGACAGAUUGUGAACAGGCUGCACAAGGCCCAGCCAGGGAUGACGGAGCCACCAGCCACUUCAUUAGGGGCAUUAUGAAGAGGACUGAAGCUUUCUUCUCUCCGCCUGUGUCCAGAAUUCACAGGUCUGUUUAAUCACAUAAUUCUCCUCAAGUGCCCCAAGGAGGCUGCGGCACAGCAAGGGCCCUUUAGACCCAUGACAACUUGGAGAGAUUAAUUAUAUUCAUCUUUUGGAAUAUCUGCAGAAUAAGAGGGAAUUUGAUAUUGGCCUCCUUUUAUUUUUUCUUUCCUCUCGUCUUUUUCCAAGCAGCCCUUUGAUGUCCUCCUGUUAUUGUUGGGGGACGUCUGUGCAACCCUCUGCUGACGGAGCUUUGAUAUGCUCCAGCAGGGGUUAAGGGUUAGCGUCCAGAGGUCCAGGGCCAGGAUGUCCCAACUUCUGUCUCGAAAAGCGCUGACCUCUGGACCUGAGGGUUGGUCAGAGAGACUCCAAAUUCCGCCUCCCUUUGAUGCACGUUCUUUCACAGUGGUUAAUUAGCCAGGGUGGCUAAACGUUUAGCCUGGGCGUGAAAGAGUCUGGGCUAGCAUGUGUGUCCAAGACAUUGCCCGCUUUUUUUUGUGUGUGUGUCACAAGGUCUUUUGAAACAAUGUGGUUCUUGGACGACUUGUUUGCAUAGCAUAGAGGGUGAAUGCUGCCGUCUUUUCACCAGAGCUCAUUCACCGGGAAGAGUUUGGCGAAGGCCUUUCUUGUGAUGAAGAGAAGCCCUUGACAUUUAACUCAUUUCCUCUAAUCAACGGUGUGAUUUCCCUCUUUUUUCUGCGUCUUUGUUUGCGCUAUGUUGAAGGAAUCUAUCCUUAGGAGAUAGAAGAGGCUCUUAUCUGGCAAGUGGCCAUUGCAGCUUGUGAAUCACUUCAAGUCACUGCGACGUAUCUCCCCCUGAUCUUCAUACAGUCUUUAAGGGGUGUUAAUACACAUAUACUGAGGAUUUGGCUUUCAUCUUGUUUCCAGUGAGUGGUCAGGGUUCCAAGCAAGAUCUAAUUUCCUCUGCCUUAUAUUCUAACAACUGCAGCCAUGAACCAGACUGGUAGCUUCAGCUGCAACAUGCUUGAUUCAUCACUACUUAAAUGUCUGAUCAUCGCUACUGCAUGUCAGGAAUGAUAACUUCCCUGCGUGUCAGUCGCAAAGUGGUGAGUCAAACUUGUUUGAAUUCGCACAAGCAGUAAAAUUCCCCUUUGCCUCCUCGCCCUGAGUUCAGAGACCCAAAAUAAUGAAUAUUAUUCGUGACUGACCUGAUUUAGUAUCAGAAAUUCUUCUGAUAAACACAUCUGCACCUUGACCUGUAAGUACAGUCAGCGAUUAAGCACCUGCAAGUUUUCUAAGUUUCCUUCUCCUACUAAGUCUUCUUUAGCCUAAGGCAACCUUCAAUCACUUGCCCACAGAGCAACAUCAAAUAAAAUUUCAUUUCAUGUUGUUUGUGCUCGGGUAAAGGGAGGAGGGAGCCAGGUUGGGUCUGGUUGAUAUUGUAGAGAUAUUGAUCUGCUAUUGAGUGCACCCUGUGUCCAGACAGUUUCCAUCCCCAGGGACCCAAACGCUAAAUCAUGCUCUCAUUUGAGGCUAACGUGUGUGCCUGCAGAGUUGCCAGAGCUCUCAGGGUAGAGACAAACUUUAAAGUAAAACACUGUCGGUCUGACUCUCUCUCUCUCUCUCUCUCGCUCUCUCUCUCUCCUGUCUUCAGCUCUGCAUUAGUCUCUUCCUGAACCUUAUAUUGAUUCAAACGUAACGUCAGCCACUAUAAACUAUGAUCUUAAAGACGUGUUCCCAAACAAGAACCUUUUGUCUUAACAAGCAUGAAAGGAUUUUAGGAGAUUUACACUCUGCCUGUGAUUUAAACAUCAAGGCUUAACCUAUUUCUUUAUGAAGGAGUUGCAGGGGAUGGAGCUGUGCUCAGCGUAUAACUUGAUGAUUCACUCAUUUGUGGAUAACGUCAAGGGAAAAAGCUUUAAUCGUUUUGCAACCUGCGGAUAUUUAUUUGUUAGAUCAAUCAUAAUGCUUCUCAUGUAAGAUCAUGCGGUUUCAUCUAAUAAAGGGAACUUAAAUAAGGUGUGGGGCAUUCUUCGAGCUGCGAAAACAGAUUUAUUUUGGAUUAGAAAUCAUGGUGAAAGACCACAAUUGUUUUAUAUCAUCUGCAUAUGAUGACAUAUUGAUUACUUUUUUGGGAUUGUUACGUAACAUCUGAACAACCCAGUGUUUGAAUUGUGACGUGGCUAAUUUCUGGUGUCUUUUCCUGUAUCUUGUAUGAAGUUGUCGGUCUAGAGAGGCAUUUGUAUGCGUUUAGCACUCUCUGAAACAUGUUCUCCUUUCCUGAUGAUUGCUGAAGCUUGUAGUCUCUCCAUGUGUGCUGUUUUGUUUGUGCGACUGUGCGCAUGUCUGCAGUUUACUUGGUAGUCAGGACAGGUUUUGUGCUGUUCUCCAGCUCGGCCACCUGCAGCUGGGGAUCGAUCAGCACUCUGGCACCUCAGCCUAACUACCCCCACCCCCAAUCAGCCGGCCCACCACCUCCAGAAUCUCUCCCCAUCCCUGGCUGUAUCAAGCAGACCAACAGGGGGCUGCCUGUUUCUUCAUUUGUCUGCUGAUAGUCAAGUUUACAUUCAUGCUCUGUCAAGGUGCUGAAACCAGUAUGUCUACACAAACUCACAAAACCAUCGACCGUUCUCGUUGCUUAAGCUACUGCGUGUACAGAUGCAGGACAGUUAGUGAAAUGGUGGAUAACAUACAAAUGUUUUCAGGCACUUGCAAUGAAAUUGUACUUUUUUUCUCCACAUAUAUGACAAGAAAAAGGGUUUUAGAUACUGGUUUACAGCACCACUUUACCUUUUAGUCAGCCUUUCUCAGUACAGUACAUGACUAUUUGAUGAGGGCUUUAUAACACUCCUGUUGCUGCAGAUUAGUUCUUUAUUCAUGUAUACAAAAUGGAAAUUGAUGCUAAAACAGUAAAUAAAACUCUAAUAGUCUUUCAACAAUCUUGAAUAUAUAUAUUUAGAGGUAGAGGUUGAUAUUUAUUUUCCCAAGUUGAUCCUGCUUCUUGUUGGUUAAAACCUGUUUUAUGCUGCUACUUCUUUGCUGUCAUUUUCUCUCCUAAUGCAAUAAACCUGGGCUGCACAAGUCCUACUCUAUAAUUUUAUAUAUUUACCAAGUUACAGUUUCAAUUUACUUUUUCACACAGUUAAUUGUUUUGGUUCAGAGUACAACCUAAAUGUGUUCCCCCAUGUGCACCAAUGGAUCUUUUAAAGACACUGUAAGGAGUUUUUGAGUGGUGGCGAAACAGACUGAAACUAAUACUGGUGCCUCCAUAUGACCUCCAAAAGUAAACAAGACUAUCAGAACAGGACUGAUGUUUUCUUCGUUGUCAUUUUUAAUACCUGAAAUCGCUGUGUGGGGCUAGGUGUAAGAGCAAGGAGCAUGAGAUGGCACACCUAAUUUACAUACAAGAUAGGUGAUACUUACACCACACACAGCCAGCCAGAGAUAAAACAUGAAAUUCAAUAUACAAUACUGGAAUAUUACGACCCUGUUUUAUGAUGUCCAUGUUGUAGGCAACAAGGAUAUCAUAAAACGCAGCAAAUACAAACAAAUCAGCUUUUGUACAUUUGUUAAUUUUCUCCUGAGAAGGGCUGGGCACAAACUCAUCUAUGGAAAGCUCCAUGUCAGUUUUGGUUUGGAAAAUAAGGGUAAGCUUAUAAGAGCAAGCUGUGAAAAAUAGCUUUUUGGACUUUUUUUCAUGGUGAAUACAUUAAAUACUGGCAGUAAGUAAUGUGUUUCACUGUUUAAAGAAGAUAGGAUUAAGUUUUGUCUAAAAAAAAAACUACUUUUGUAUGCAUUGCACAAGAGAGAAGAGGUAUGUCUUUGUCCACAGGGGGCGCCAAAACUUGCACACAAACCAAAAGUUCCUCACAGCAGCUUUAAAUCCUUGAAAAACAUGCAAAUUAAAAAUACCAGCAGACUUAUUUUGUCUUCUUCUGUUGUAGAAAGUGAAGACAAAAGACUCUUACUCUUUGGAGCCAAAACACGCACAGGAGAGAUCUGACUGGUGGAGCAGAGAGAUUGAUGUCAUACCUCUUUGGCCAGUGUUGAGCAAGUUCGCACUAUAGUGAGCUUGCACAAAGUUCACUUCACACAAAUUUAAUAUCUAGUUUGCAUUCUUUUUUUGACCACACCUAAAUUCUUCGUCAGAAGAGCCUCUUAAGCUUUGAUCCCCACCCCUCAUUGAUAUUUCCUAAACUAAAUGGAUGGAAGCUGAGAAAACCCAAUUUGAGUGUGUUUUACUGCUUAAACAAGGGAGAAAAUCUGCGGCUUAUAAAUCUUUGCAACACACAUAGCUAAAUCUUGUUGGCUGAAUAUUUUGCUGAAGAUUCAACUAUAACACUCAAUUACACAGGGAAAAUUCUGCUCCGUAAAAGAAGAUGUGGUUUUCACAUCCCCUAAAAUGACAUUUUCAAGGGUAAAAUAAUAAGAACAAACAAAAAAUGAAUUAUUUUCCAUUUUCAUACAACUACACCUACCCUCAACCACACUGGUGCCCUGGCCCAUCCUGUAUACAGCCCAAACCAUGUCCAGUACAUGCUGGGUGCCGUGAAUCCCACUUCAGCCGCUGCAAAACACAGAGCUCAGCAACUCUCUAUCCACUCCAGAUCUUCCUGUAAUUUAAGCGGUUGUUCACUGUCUCUGAAGUGAACUACACUUGAGUUGCAAAUUGAGCGGUUCGUCAAAAAAAGAGCACUUCACCUCGCUGAUUAAAAAAUUAUCAGGUUGCCAUAAUGUUUGUUGUUUGAAGUGGGCACUCAUGGUUCAAGAAAGUUCAACUGUCGUGAUGUCCAUUGUAGUUUGUGCAUUUACAUGUUGUUCAAAAUAAUUGAGUCAUUGCAAUAUUCUGACUAAAAUUGGACUCUUACAAAACAUGUAAAUUCAUUAGUCAGGCUUAAAUAGCACUACACUGAACUUCUCAUUGUUGGACUUACAUACCUUGAUAAUGAGAUUGGGGAUCAAUUUUCUCCUCCACGUAUACAUGGCUCAAUCAGACUGAAACUGACCUCGGUGUUUUGCGCAUGCUCCUGCGUUUGCAGGCCAGGCUUUGACACAGAAUUUAGAUAACAUGAAUGUGUUGUUAGGAAGCUGGGCAGUAAAAAAAAAAAAAACCUUGACAGACGUUAAAGAAGGAUGUUAAAAAAAGACAAAACUCUCCUAUUGUACAAAUUACGUUACAGACCUGCCUCUUGUUAACCUCUUGCUAACAUGUAUUUGCCUAAUGUUUUGAUACAAAAUAGGCUAACUUGGAGACAACCAAAUAGUAUUGAGGUGAAAGGGUUCAUUUCCUUGAAGUAAUAAUCACCAUAUUAAUCAUUUUGCACUGCAGACGCUGUAGUUCUUCUGCCUUAGCAUCUCGGUCUGAUUCCAUUUCCAUGAUGUAAAAAUCAUAAAUGUUCUUCUUUGAGCUGCGAAACUCCGCUGCACUCAGUGAUCGAUUUGUCUGGGCUCCCCCCACAAACAAGCGGCUGCUGGAGGAGAGUGGGUGAGUUGUGUUAAGUGUCUUUGCUAAAGAAACCAAUCAAAGCUAAAAAGAUGUUUGGUGGCUAGCGCUAUGGCUGGGACCCUAUAUGUACUGUUGAUGAAGUUAGGUGCUGUUCUGAGCAUUAUUUGUGGCUAUAGAGUGGUGUUUUGGUUGAAGUGUGCACAUGGAGUGGUAGACUGCUGUGUAUUGCUAUUGUGUGGUUGUGACUAAAGUUGGUAUAACUAGAGAAGCAAGCAGUUGGCAACAUUCAUCUCUCGAGGGGGUGUCUAACUCGGCGUUAUGGUGUGUUUGACCCUAAAUUAAUUUUACGCCGGAAUAUCCCUGUAACUGUGCAUGUAAACAUAAUGGUCUCUUCUCUACUCUGCUAGCCUUGGGAAUGAUGCUGCAGGAGCCUUUUCACAAUAAAAUAACUGAUUUCUCCAGUCUUUGAAGAGGGCUGGUAUGCUACACUAUGCUACAGUACAGGGUGCAGCCAUUUCUAGAUCUAACCCCUGGUGUAAUGGGACUUUCUGGCAUAUUAAUGCUUAUUUUCAGCAGUUUCCAAAUUACAUUACCCAUUACCCUUACAAAGAGCACUUAAUUCACUGAAUAGUACUAAAAGUCUCUAAAAAAUGAAUGUUUACUCAUGGACCUGCACAAUAAGACUGAUGGUCACGACAGAAGGCUUUUUUUAUAUUUAAUGUGUGUUUUGAUUUUGUAAUUUGUCUUAUGUUUUAAAUGUUAUAAAGGAAGAUACAGGCUAUGUGAGCUGUACCGCAGCCAGCCACCAGAGGGGGCUCUAAAAGUUUUGGCUUCACUUCGGGAUCAGUGUUUUGCCGUCCAGGUUUUUAUACAGUUUACACUUGAAACACUAUGCCUGUUUGUGUUGAAUCCAAACCCUGAAACUAAGACGCAGAUUUGGAAAGCUGCUCGCUCAAAUCCCUCUUAUCUCCUAACUCCUACACCUCAUCAGCCUCGUUGUGGCACACGAGUUUUGACAAGAACAAACUGGUCCUGCUGUAAGAGUGGAGGUUGUGCCAGACCCUUACAAGGUGCUCCCUGCUGCAGAUCGAGAGGAGAAGGAGAAGUUUCCCAUUAUCAAGGCCUCCCCCUUAAUGAUGAAAGUAAACAACAUGAACAGGAGUGUUUAAUAUUUCAUGGCCCACCCACAGGUGCAGCGGUGUGCCGGGAAUAACACAUACAUCCACUCAUACGGAUGUGGGCCUGAUUAAGACGAGGCUGCUGUCCCCUGCAGUUGGUCAGCUCUCCUGUGUAUGUGUGUUAGGUGUGUGUUAGGUGUGUUUGUGUGUGUGUGUGUGUGUAGGGUCUUGAACAUAUUUGCUGCCUCAGUUUUUUUUACCCUCCCUCCUCCACCCUCUCUGUGGUGAUAUACAGAACAUAUGGGAAAUUAUUGCGGGUUAUAAAGGGCUGUUGAAUCCAGCAGACAUGCAAUAAAUUAAGCUGUUUGUGCAGGGGGAGGAAAAACACAGGCUCUUUAGGAACACUUAGAGCAGAUUUCCUGUACACACUUAACUCUCCUCCUCUCGCUCCUUCUUCCUCUCUCUCACUCCUCCUCUUACCCCUCCAGCCACAGUCCCUGCGUCUCCUCCCGACUCCCCUCUCGCCAUUGUAACGGAGGCCACAGCACAGGCUCAUUCUGUUCUCCUAGUUGGUGGUAACACAGUGGGAUAUAUCUACACAAUUACACACAUAAAACUCGUAAAGCCUGGAAAAUAUUUUAAUAGUUUCCGCACCCCCUUAGUGGCAACAAGCUGCAUGUGCAGAGCCGGUGAGCGGCACCAACGUUAUUGGCGCAAUUAAAUGUGAAACACAAGAGAGGAACACGGGGUGGGGAGUGGGAGCCCAAAAUGGCUGUAAACAAGGAAAAUGACACUUGACAAGUUGUAAUUUAUGGACGCUGUUUCAAAGGAGAGAGACUCACCAUUCCUGCACUGGUGGAGGAGAGAGAAUAAGGCACAAGGAUCCAGGCAUUAGAGGAACUAUGCACAGAAUGUUAGUGCAUCAAAGCCACACAGAGACAAAAAAAGGGAAAGAGAAAGCUGUGACUUCAAAGUGGAAGCAUGAUGAGCAAUGCACAGUGAGAGAGAAACCAAGAGAGAGGCAGGAAGUGUGUGUAUGUGUGUGUGUAAAAGAGAGAAAGAGAGCUUUGCAGGAUGAUAGCACCCAAAGCAGGCAUGGGAUGAUGGGGAUGGGGAUGGGGGGCGUUGAGGUGGUGGGGAGGCCCCUGGAUACAGGCGUACUCUGCUCAUCUCAAAGAAUGCUAAAUCACGCACACACACACACACACACACACACACACACACUCACUCGUGCUGUCUGGGGAAGAGAAGCCAUUAAACAGAAUAGAAUAGGACUGGAGCUCUCAUACCCCAAAUCCAUCUAGAAACAAAUCAGCGUCACCAUUUAUGUGUUUACUCUCUCUCCAAAAUGAGGACAAAACUGAACCAAAACAGUCACUGGAAAUAAGCGCACGGAAAAAAAGAGUCAUAGUCAUGCCUGAUGUAACCAUCUAAUGUCUCCUUUAGCAGCAGCGGCAGAGGCCAGAUGUUUACAGGGAUAGUUACACUUUGUGUUUUCACUUCAAAAAUGCUUGUUUAACUAAGUCAGCGUACAGUAUACCAACGCAUUUAGAUUGUACUGUCAGCGCCAAUUCAAAACAAUCCAAUUGAUGUCUUUGUGCAAUAAAAAGUGUUUCUAGAUGAGAGGGCCUGUUCUUUGAAAGAGCUGUAUGUGAAUCCUCAGAAACUCGAACCAUAAAACUCAUCAUAAUGUCAUUUUUAAUCUAUUUUACUCCCUUCAUCAGGACCGAGGGCCAAUUUUCACAGAACAUAGCGCACGGUUCUUAACGCACCCCUGUUUCUUAUCUGCUUUUCAAGAGUGACAUUUUAAAAUCCACAUUAUAAAGACAUCUAAUGUAUGUGCGGCACUUGUUCAUCCAAAUUAUUAGCCCUGCUGAUGGCACCGAACAGGGAAAAUUGUUUAAUUUUAGCUGACGGCAAUCACUUUCCUUGACAGCAAGGCUUCUCUUAAAUGUGAUCCAUUUGUUUGCUUCAACUCCAGCAGUGGACCCAAGGAAGUAAUGAAGAUUACCCAAAAUGUGAGAGUCCUCGCAGCAGAUAUGGAAGCCCCUCUGCCACAUAAAUAUACAAGUUAAACUGGCAGUGUAGAUAUCCUGUAAUUUGCAAAAUGACAAGAUGCUUGUCUGAUGCACCGAGCACCUUCAAUUGCAGCUCAUUAACUCAGUCAGGGGGAAGCGUUCUACAAGCAUGCAGAAAAACUAUUAAAAUACUUCCAUUAACUGGAAGAAUAAAUAUCCUGGUUGCAGCCCAAAGUGUCUUCAUUUGGGCUCAAAUGCGAGAUAUGCCGUUGCUAUGGUAAUAUGGCAAUGGCUGUAGCCCUCCUCCCAGCUGUUGGUGGUUUUUGUGUGAGUGAGAGAGAGUGAGAAAGAAAGAGAGAGAGAGACAGUGUGUGGCUGUGUGUUUGUGUGUGUGCAUGCAUCCAUUGAUGCUGCCUCCGUGCUGUGUCCCCCCUUUCAGUCUUCAGAAUAGUGUCUCUACUAAUCCGUGAAAGUUGCGGCGCUCUGAACCAGUGGCCAAGCCUUUUCCCACUGAACCACGGCCCAGGGUCUGCGCUCAGCUUUACACUUGAUUGGUCCCUCCUGUGGCAGGACUCCCCUCCCCGCUGGGCGUGGGCCCGUCCCCCUUGCUGGGCUGCUCAGCGCUGCCUAAUCGCCUUCUCCCCACCAUAAUUACCAGCACUGAGCCCAGGACUCACCAACACACCAUUAAAGUCUGGGCAGCCAGUCCUCGGCAGUCCUCACACAUGUAGCACUUACACAGGCCCAGAAUUGGGCCUAAGACCAGGCCCGGCUCCACCAGCACAACACCUGUUCGUGCCUGGUGAUGCCCCGCAGCACUGUGGACUUGGCUGCUGAGGCUGCUGGGUAGGAAAAUGAGAGGGGGUUGGCAGCUGUGCUGUUGUCCUCCUCCCCCUGCAGUGGAGGUGAUGUGUUUAUUUGGGCUGGGAUGCAGCAGUGAGAAGCUGUGAGAGGUAACUAUCUCCUUGUUGUGCUGUACAGAGUACCCGAGAAUCCACCCUGCAGAGACACAGCCCUUUGAUAUGUGACCACUUCAAACCCACACAUACAAUGGCAGCAGUCAGAGAUGGAAAUAGCCAAAGUUGAUGUUGUGUGGGCAAGGUAGGACGAAUUUGCUUUGCUGAAAACCAACCUUGAACUUUAUUUUCCAAAGUAUUUUCAGCACAGCAGAUACAAAACAUUUUGUAGAUUCAGGACGUCGACAAUUUUUGGAAUAUGUGCAAAUCGGAAAAAAGAAAUACUCCCAAUUUCAAUUUGGUUGCACCCACCCAAGGUUUGGAAAUUUCAGGCGAUUGCACCAUUGCUUAGAGCAUAUGGGACAGGCCAGGUGAAACGCAGUGACCUGGCAAACAGUCCAAAGACUGAUGAGAGCCGGGUACACGUCAGAAGGCACUGGGUGUGCUGGCACAAACAGUACCCAGAAUGUGGAUCAGACAGACACCCAGCACUCGUUAGCUUAUUACUCUCUUAUUAGGAACAUUUUUGCCUUGCAUGGAUUGGCAGAGUCCCGCUAGCCACCCUCUUCACAUGGCCCAGGCUCUGUCAGAGCUGAUCAAAAGACAUUUCUUCACAUCUCCAGACGCCAGGGAAAAAAGGAGAAGAAAAGAGGGAGAGAAGAAAAGAGCCAGAAGGGGGCAUACUGCUCUCUCUUUACUCUGGUCUUUUGGUGAAUGAGGACUUUUUUUUUUACAAUGCCCUCUCCUUUUUCUUUAUUUUUUCAUUUUUCCAUUGGCAGAAAAAAAAGAAAGAAAAAGGGGAAAAAAAGAGUAUUUCCCAUCGCGUUUCGGCAAAUUGUUUUUGCCAUAUCAAAAACAAUUGUCCUCAGGUGAAGAAUGGGCCUGCAGAAUUACAACCAUUCCAGGGGGAGAAAGAGGUCUUCACAAAUCUGACUGGCUUCCAGGCAGCCAAGACCCCCUCGAAGUGGUAAUGAAAAGUGUAACUUUAGCCUCCCAGCUGUACGUCUCAAUCCAUAAUCCUUCCCCAAAAACCUCACGGUAGAGCCGCCUACCACUCCCAUGGCGUUCCCAGCCUGUGCCGGGCUGGGCCUGCUCUGAUUUAUGUGGCAGUCCCGUGUCAUACUCUCAACCUGAAAAGGAUUUGCUCUCCUAUAUUUACCAGGGUGGUCAGGGCAGCUCUCUGGAAACACAGAAAGCCCAGUGUCCGGGCCUCUUCCCCAGUCAGUCCUCUCACCCCUCUGUGCCAAUAAGAUGGACGUUUUGGACCGUACCAGAAUCAGACGAGGCUCUAGUGUUUCCAUAGUGCUGUGUUUCAGCAGUGCAGAGGUGAGUCUGUGUGGGCGUGGGUGUGUUUUUGUGGGGGGACAGAGCUGUCUACAGUUGCUGAUUUCAUACCUGGAACUUAUAGGCGUGUCAUAGCAUACAGGAUUGGUGGCACGGCCUGCAAAGUGACGACGGCCCAUGCAUAAACCUCUGAAACGCAGACAGUCCAAACUGCAGCAUGUUUCAGCUAUAAAAACUUUUCUAUUUCCUUGAUCUGGGUGCGUUUAUGUGGUCAUUUUCAGCUGCUGUUUCAUAAAAGUGCAAUGAUUUUGGGGAAAUCUUGUGCAUGAAAUUGUCCAAUCUUCAUCAUUUCUAUUUCAAGUUCAGAAAAAGUGAUGGUAGCCCAAGCCAAUUGCGACUGCGAAACACUCGAUUAAAAAUGCAUUGAUUUCUAGUGAAUUAUUCUGGCAAAGUUAAAAAGGAAGACGCUAAUUGGUAGAACUAUAACUAAUUGAUGACGUAUGUGUGAAUUGCAGAUUUUCAAAGAGUUGAAAGACAUUGGAGGGAGCCGUCUGCAGCUGCUCCGUCCAUCACAGUUUUUCUCCUCUGUGGUGCAAAAAGUACAGAUUGUGCUACUUACCAGUACAGCGUGACUAAAGAUGCAGUAAGAGUUGCGAGCUGAACGUGUGUGUGGGUAGGUGAGCUGCUGUGGGUGGAUAGACGGUGGUCCCCUCUGCCACUGUGCAUCCACUCCAGUCUAGUAAACAAGCCAAGGUGACCUGUGGACAGCUGGGUUUAUACAUCCUGUGGCUGGUUGUCUACGUAGUGUGGUGGUGGGAACAGCGGGUGGUUGACGCAGACUCUAAGGAAGGGAUCAGCUCAUCCUAUCUUAUAUGUGUGUGUGUGUGUGGAGGUGGGGGGGGGGUGUAUGUGUGUGUGCGUGUUGUGCCCCUGUUCUACGUGCGUGCACGCGGAUGUGUCUUGUAUGCAUGUACAUUACAGUGACAGCCACUUGGUUAACACUAAAUACUGUCUUUUACAUUCAGAGCAGGAAAUGAGAGCAUUACUGCGAAGAACAUGCAGAGCAGGCGCCUCGCUCAAAUCUUAUUUUCCAGCUAGAAUUUCACCAAAAAGCACAAAUGAAGAGAUCUUGUUUCUGCGAAAUGUCUAGAAAUUGGCGUUACAAUAUCCUGAACAGAAUUUCACAGAAAUACGACAUGACCUUAAAAAAAAGACAUUUUGACCAGCGCAAACGCAGACAAAAUGGCCGCUGUGGCUAAGCUAACAGGGAAGGAAGAAGAUGGAGCUGAUACUCCUUGAUUGCUGUUUCACAUUCGUUUAAAAAUCGUAACGUUUUCAUUUUCACGAUCCUAGCGAGCAGAAAACCUCCAGCUUGCACGCUGCAGCAGGUUUUUCUUAAAAUCACACCCUGUUUGCUUUAUUUUAUAACCACUCAGCCCACAUCGCAGCUGCAGGUUGACUUUUAAACAUUUAAUUUAAGUGUCCUCAGCGGUGGAUCGUUCACAAUUUGGAGGAAAAUGGGUAUAUUAAAAUUACAGCAAAAACUUCAACAGAUUCGGGUACAAGAAUGUGUGAUGACUCUAAAUAUUUUCAGCCAGAACAGUGAGUUAUGGGAUGAGUAAAAUGUGACAGCUUCAUAUGAAAGUCUGUUUGAGUCUUUAGAGUUGAAAGGCCUCAUAGUAUGACACAAGGAAAGCCUUCAAAUUUUUUAUCCCUUUUUUUUUUUCUCCCUAUGCGGUAAGUUUGGGAAAUCAUGUGAGAGACGGAUACGUCUGAUAACUUUCUCUUCCAGUGUACUUUUUUUUUUUUUUCACAGUGAUGUCAAAUUUCUAAAGUGUAGAUUAAAAGGUGACUGUACUUUUGGAGUUUUAUGGUAUACUCCUCACUCUUGAAAGUUAUUUUUUAGGCAGAGAGAAAGACACAGAAAAGGAAAAGGGGAGAUAAAGUUGUUUUUUUCAAGUUUUUAAAUAUAAAGAAGUACAAUACUUUUUUUCAACAGCUACAUUUUAUAUCAAUGUUAUAAUUAGACUUCGGUGCUACUGAUAAUCACUCGGAUAACACAGCAGUUAGAUAAAGUCAAAUGAUUGAUAUGUGCACAUUUUCAUUGAUAGAAAACUUUGCCUGCUCUUCUCACUUUUAAUAACUGAGGUGAAAAAACCACAAAAGCUUUGUAAGGAGUUGUAGGUAUGUGUUGUGUGGAUGUGUAAGUGUCCUGAUAAGUAGGAGGGACUCUGCUGACAGUUCAAUAUCCUCUCAACAUGAACACACCACAAACAGAUGGUCUCUUUUCAUUCUGAGAGAAACUGAGAGAAGUUUCAAUCUCGCACAAACAUCUGAUUUGACUCUGUUUUUUGAUCAAAAACUCAGCUUCUUAUUUAUCGUUGCAUAUUAUACGAUUAUGAUGAGAGCCUCUCGUUCCCGGCGAUGCCCCUUGAAGAAAUAAAAAGACUUGAAAUAAAAGAAUCUUCUGCCAGUUAGAUGCCACCUUGAAAUGGAGAGCUAAUGAAUUUCAUUGUCUUUUGAUGCUGCAACUGAAGUUUUUGCAAAUUGCAAAACAAUUGAAAGAAUUACAAAGAAACUUACAAACAGAUGGCUUCUUCAACAAACAGCUAAAUGAACACAAAGUGAGCUUAAUCACAUCUCCGCUGUUCUAUCACGUAGCAUUUGUCUGACAUAAGCUAAAAAAGUUGAUCAGUGUGCGUGUAACUUUCUUUUCUCCAUCUGCUGAAAUAAUAAUAAUAAUUUUAAAAAACCUAUUAUGUUGACAAACAGAAAUUACCCGUUGAUAUAAAGUUUGGAUGUGAAAGAGACACUAAAGGAAAUUCAGACGUGUACGUAGAAACUCUGUUUUUUUAAAUUAUUUGAAGACGUCUGUUUUAACAAGAUUAGAAAUACUAUUUUAUUUUUACUUGACAACGUGUUUUUAUAUUGGAUUUUUCCCAUAUCUUAUUAAAUGCCCAUUUUUAAUUUUAAGUAGUUUUUUAAAAUCGUAAUAAAUGCAAAUAAAAUUCUGUUAUUUUUACUAAAAGUGAUAGAAAGUCUCUUAUCGCAAUUAAGAUAAAAGAAAAGUGUUUCUCCUCUGAGGCAGAAAUUUAAAUUAUUCUUUUAUAAAGUAAAAUAAAAUUGAGUAUAACAGGAACAACACCUUUUAAAUACACCACAGCAACAUAAUUAAAAAAUUAAGAUCUUACUAUUAUUUUGCAUUUGAUUUAAAAAUCAACAGUAAAGCAGUUACGCAUAUUUGUGUGAUUAAAAGUUUAUCACUAAUAUUUAAAUCAUAUUUUACAAUUUAUUAUAAUUCAACACAAUCUCUUUUUCAUGUUUCCGCUUUGACUGAAAUACUUUGUUUUUAAAAAAUUGUAAAUUCACUGUCCGUCUUCUCGGAAAAGACAUCUCUAAAAUGUGAAAGAAAACGUGUUUUAUUUUCUGGAUCUGAAUUGCCUGAAAGCUAUGUGCUGUUAUUUUUGGUGCCAAUCUAAAUACCUGGAAAGAGGAAUCAGAGACGGUGAUAAUGAUGAUAGAAAUGAUAAUGAUGAUGGCUGAGAGUGCUGGAGACUUCCUGUGCUUCCACUGAGGUGCAAGGAGGAGGCCUGCUAAUAAGGCACAGAGGCCCCACUUUUCAGUCUUUUCAUUGAGUUGAGUUUAAUUAAUUCUCCUGAAGUUUCUGGUCACAUUUUCCUUUAAAUGAAACAUAAAUAAGUCCAAGUCAUAAUUCUAGUGCACAAAAGAAGCGUGUCACAGUCACACAAAUGAUGAGAAAUAAAAAGGUGGUAGGUUUUUGUGGAUGUUUUUUAAAGAGCCCCAAAUAAAAGCAUCCAGUCACGUGUGUGUGUGAUCCUGUUAUUUUGUCAGCAGGAUUUUUUAUGGCAGUAUAAUGGAGAAAAUUCAGAUGUUUUUGAGAUACAUUGAUAAAAUAAACAAUUAAGCUGUUUAACGGCUGUCAGACAUUUAUAUACAGUGUAUGAGUAUAACCUACUUUUUUACUCCAAUAUUGAUUGAUUGACAUGUUUUCGAUUCGAGCUUUUCUGAACUUUUCAACAAACCUGAGACACGCAGUCAUAUCCGGGGUGCAUUCGAGUCAUGUUUGAUAUCUAUCAAUACUCUAUUUUGAGUGCCGGUGUAUAUUUUCGAUUAGAAUUUGUUAUCUUUGGCGUUACCUGUCCUUCCAUCGCGUCACAUCCCGGCACUUGUCUGAGCUUGGCGCUCACAUACAGCACUUCCUCCUCUGCGAGGAUCUCCUGCAUGUCACUCAACAGUUACAGAGAUGUCAUACAUGAUAUGUAACCUGUGCACAUGUUUCUGCUGGAGCUGACACUUUAUUUCAGACAUGUAAGUUUGAAGGAGUGCAUGCUACUGACAAAGUGAGGAAAAUUUUAGCAACCUCUGACUUGAAAUUGACUUUUAUAAAUAAAUUUUUGCAGCUAGCUACGGUGCUAGCCCUCUAAACCGCAGAGUGAUUGGUAAAAUUAUGUGAAAAUAUGAAAAUCAAACAACUACCGAAAAUAUAAACGAAAGUGUAAAAACUUGCUCGUGGUAAUAAAUCUAUUUUUUUAACUCAGGAAUGCCAAACUUUGAGAAUUCAGAUUAGUGCAGCAUACUUGAGUGGGACGUAAAAUCUUCUUUUCAGUAAAAAUGGGUCAUCGUUAUAUAACCAGGAAGUAAACUGCCAACGUCCUGCAGCUUGUUUACGGUGACAUCUCACUGCUCGGUCGACAGGGUCCUACCAGUGUGUGUCCUUUUUAGUGUGUAUGUAGUGCUGGUGUGGCACGGGCCGCCCGACAGCAGCAGCCCUGAUCCCUCCUCGGUGCCCCACCUCAGAUUAAGCCCUGGAUUUGAAGGACAGACUGCUCUGGACAGGACAAGUGCAGCACAAGCAAAGCGUAAGCAAAGCUUUAGAGCACAAGGCCACAUUCCAGUGUAUCUAUCCCUGACAACAAGAACACCACAGUUACAGCUUUUAAAAGAGACAUGUCACAGCUUAUGCUUCAUGUGCCAUAUACACACACGGGUUUAACCAGGAAAGAGUUCAGGGGCAGCAGCAGUGAGCAGUACACAAUAUUUACACAACCAGAAAAACACAUCGUUGGAUCUCUACAUUCAGUUUCAGCAUGAAAACGAUCAAAUAUUCACAGAUAACAAACAGAGUUUUAUUACCUCUAAAUGUGUUGGCUGAAUUCUUGAUUCCAAGAGGACGAGUUUCCUUGCGGGAAGCACCAGGAGGUGCUGUAAAGCAGUUAGCCUUUGAUAGCACAACACCAGCAAAAACAAACAUGGCUGAUGAGGGGGGCAGGGCUGACAUUAAGAUAUACUGCUUCAGAUAGUUAAUAAAACAUUAGUGUUGGAGAGGCUUUGGAGCCCAGAGCAUCUUUACUGAAAAAAGAUCCCCCUACAUGUUUUCCCACCUGGGGGGCUGAGAGAGGAGCUGCACCCUGCUAUGACCUCAGCUGAAAAAUUUAGACUCAUGUUCAAACUGCUGUUGUUAGCAUGGUAGCUAAUACCCGUUUUGCUGUGCUUUGCACUCAGCAGGGCAAACCUGGGGUUGAUCUCACUGUACAGCUCCAUUAGCUCUCUUUGUUCAGCUGAGAUGUCAGCUGGAAAUCUGUGUUUAUAAUUACAAGGCGUCAUUAAUGGGCUUCAGUUUGAUAGUGGGGCCUUUCUGUGUGCCUAAGAGCAAAACAGACCACAAGCGAUCACACUUACUAUAUCAGUGUAUUAUACUUUUUGAUGCCUGCUGUACUCCUCUGCGGCUGAAACUUGACAAAUCAAUGCAGAGAUCGUUUUAGCAAAAUGCUCAAUAUUGUUGGCGAGUGCUGAGGAAAUUGUACAUUUUCUCCCGCUGUUUCUAUUUCUGAUACCGUCUGAGAAAUAACUUGGAUUUCAUGUACAAUUGGUAAAAAAACAGAAACAUAGUCUUCACGUCCCUAAGUUGUGACAGCAUUUGCCUUUGUUUGAGCGGCAGGCUGAUGGAUCAAUCAAAUAUUUACAAGCAUAAUCAGUAAAUGAUCGAUAGUUGCAGGCUUUUGAGAUGUGGUGAAAGUACAAAAAGAAUAAUAUGGAUAUGCUCAAGUUGUGUAAAAGUACCUUGAGUUUCCUUACCAGUGUUUUGGCUAAUAUUUCAUGUAUGUGUGUGGUCUCAGUAUCCCUUUUUUGAUAGGGUUAAAAGUCAUUGAAACAGAGGGGUUUUCAGCAUGCAAACCGUAAGAUCCUCUAUUUACAUUUUUGUCAGUAAAGUUCCACAUUCAGUCAUAAAUCAAAACAGGUUUUUAAGAGAAUACUGCACUGUCAAAUACUGCUUUGUCAAAGUGAAAAGUGUCUCAAGUGUGGGCAUAUGCAGCUUCAGUUUCAUAUGUGCAUUUAAAGUGAAGAGAUGGAGAAAGUAUUGGGUUUCACAGGUGGAGAUUAGAGUGAUUGACGGCAGUGAAACUGUUCUGAUAGUUUCGUUUCAAUGGUUUCGUUUCAUCAAGUCCAAGACUAGGCAGAGCAGAAAGUGCUAAACUAAAAGACGAAGCGAGGCGACCUGGUCCUCCUUCGUCCUCAUGUGAAGUGCUAAACCUCACCCUGACUUUGUAACGCUCGAGCUUGUGAGUCACAACUGUGAAGAUAUAAUGUUAUUUCAACCCAAUCUGUCACCAAAUGGAGUGAAAAAAAAAGAGCUUGCCAAGUGCACAAAUCUAACAUCACCACUUAUGAAACACACACUUCCACAAACACACACACACACACACACCUCCUCAUCCUCAUGUCAUUACACUUGCAGAAUCGCCAAUUAAUAAAAAGUGAUUUUUGUGGAGUUGUUGUUAUCAAAGGUCAGGAUUGACAUUCAGGAGUAAGUGGCACAAGUAUCAACACUAUCAAAUGACUUAAUCUGACACAAUCGUUCAAAUAAUUAGCUCCCACAGCUGCCAGGUCAUUUCAGAUGGUAAUGUGACGGAAAAAUCUGAAAAUAUUUUCUUGAUGUGCUAACAUAGUUUAAUGAAUAAUUUCUCAGCGAUGAACAUCUCGACAUAUCUCUUGGGUCUGAGCUGUUGCCUCAGCGCGUGACCCACUUUGCCUCUUAAACGCACAAAAAUCGUCGCUAAUUUUGACAGCUCAAUAUCCAACCCCUAACAAGUCUACCACCUUCUGCAGCUUUAUUGAGGAUGGUGACAGACAAGGAGCACUGGCAUGUUGGUGCCCUGAUGGUGCCCAGGUGGUGCUGAAAACGCGUGCUGCUCUACGCCAAGAAAAGAUGGAUGAUGGAUGUUGCCAUGUAGGGCCAUGUGCAGACAAGGAAGUUAGUUUUGCAUAUCAUUUCUAACUUCUGUCUUCAUGUGGCCGAUGAUUGGAGGAGUGUUAAGCUCCUAUGAGGAACUCAAGGCGUUUGUUGAUUUUGGCGCCCCCUAUGGACAAAGCAGUACCUCCUGUUUCUUUGCUGAUUUUUAAGUGUCUUUUGAUAAUUAUUACCAUUUUUUAAUCUCACCGUGUUUAAUCUCGACAAACAAAUGUUGGAUUAACUGGAAGUCUCUGGACUGUUUCAGCAGCAUGCACUUCUGCCUGUGGUUUUGUCUUACAAAAUGACUGUUUAGAAAUAGUCUGUCUUCAUUCUGAUGUUCUGAUGUGCCUUUAUGGUCCGUAUAGAGGCAUCGGUAUUAAUUUCAGUCUGUUUUAUAACCAACAAAAACUUCCUUACAGUAGCUUUAAUUAUGUAAAAGUAGCUGUGCAACACUUGAAAUAGUUUACCCAAAAAGACAGCAAGAAGUAGAGUCAGGAAAUAAAGGUGUAAAAUGAGCAUGUUAUACUAGAUGUAUGGCCCCAUGUCCUGUUUGCUGUCCUGUGUACCAUCAUUAGAUUGUACCUGUUUGCAAAACUUAACUAAAGUAGAAAAUCUGUUCGAGCUGGAGCUUCGUUUUAGCAAAAAUCUAUCAGCAACUGACUCUGUGAGCUGAUAUUUUGCAUCUCUUCUUCUGGUUUUUCCCCCCUAUGAAAUAUUCAGCAGAAGUUUCUCAAAUUAGAGGAUUACUGUUUUUGCUUCUUGUUAUGUUAAAUUGGAUAGGAUAAACUAAUCCACAAAAUUGUUGUAAAAACAAGAAAAUUUUGGAACCUAGAAGUUGUAAUGAUGGAUAUUUUUCAGUGUAGGCUCAACAGUGAAUUGGCUUAUCAAGAAAAUUAUCUGCAGAUCAAACCAGAUCUCGUAUAUAAAUUAUCUCUGAUUGGAGCUUCAGUAAUAUAUCUAACAAUAUAUACAUUUACUUGAUCCUCACACAGUCAUUGAGAAAGUAGAACAGUACAAUCAGAUGAAGAAAGUGUAUAAGGAGAAUAAAAAAUUCUCUCUGUCAUGAAGUAUAAAGAGGAAAAACUCAGAAAAAUACCAGCUCAGUCCUUUAAAAAUGACCUCAGAGCUGCUCUUUUAUGGUCUCUCAUUUAUGACACGUGUACAAUGAUGCCCUUUUUUAUUAUGUGUAAAUCACACACAGACAGCAGAAGCAUUUUUUCUGAAACCAGGCGCAAUAACACAAUUUAACGCUAUCAUAUGCUAACACUUUUUUACUUUGGGAUUUUCUAAUGUGUGUUUCCUGACAGAAUUCAACAUAGUUUGCAUUUUUGUUGCCGUUUUUGUGACUCUUUUUACUAUUUCAUAAGUGAAACAUACGAGGGAAGUGAUCCCAUAAGCCUGCUCUGUUGGUUUGACUUUGUCUUCUUUGUUGAAUCACUCCCGUCAGUUUGUUUAAAUCAGCAGGUCUGCGGUAUAAUAGAGUGGACUAACCCUAAGAACGUUCAGGAUAUAUAAUUCAGGCGCAUGAAUCCAAACUGCUGAGGGAAGCGCCAUUUGCAACCUCAGGCCACACCAAGAACCAAAUCAACAUGGCUGCUGGGCUUGGAAGAAUAAUAAUAGUCUAAGAGAAAAAGUUAUAUAUUGGCAAAAUGAGACUGGCACAGAAUGCGGGGCGUGCAUGUAGCAGUGGGCCGCUCUAUAAAGACAUCUGCUGAUUACUCAGUUUGGGGAGGCCUGGUGGAGAGGAGCCUGGCAGAGAAAUGUGUAAAGAGAUUGAGACCACACGACGACUGCUGAAAGAACACAGCACUGGGAGCCUCACAGCCAGUCGCCGUGAGCAUGAAGCCAUAAAGACGUGAAGCGAAAAGUUUUACACAACAAGAGGACCUGGGCUGCCCAGGGUGGAAGAAGAAUAUCAGGCCCCUAAAAUCCAGUCAAGGGCUUUCACUCUUUUUUCAGGCAUGCACACAAGUAUCCAACAAAGGCCUGAUUUAAUAUAGAGCAUAAGAGAGGAAAAAAAUCCUCUUUCUUGACCGUACAUGCUCUGAACAUACGUAGAUCACAUGGCCGCCCUUCACCUCCCGAAAGAUGGUGGCAAAUUGGUGUCUGUCUCAGCUGACGUGACAAGCCUGCAUACAGGUCUGCCUGUGUCUGCUCUCUGUGUGGCAGGAGAAGACAGAGAUCUGCUUAAGGUGGCCUGUGUGCUGCAGAGCGUUAGCCCCCCAGGGAGACGGAGCCACAACAUGGCACCCUGAGCCUUCUGCCUAACAGGGCUAGAUCUCUGGACUCUGACAACGCCCCCACAGCCUUCUGCCACGCUCCUUUUAGAGUCCAUGUUAAUCAGUUCCUCUGUUGGCACCUAUGUAGCGCUGGUUACCUACACUGUAAUGCAGUUAUACACCUUUAAAGUUGACCAAAACACAUGAGAGCGAUGACAAUCUAAAGCAUGCACAUAUUGGAAAUUAUUGCAGCUUAAAUAUGGAGAAGCAUUUUUAGUCUGAAAUAUUCUGACUAAUGCAACAAAACAAUUUCCAUAGAUUUAUAAUUGACUGUUUUUGGUCCCACGGCUCCAUAAGACUCAAGUUUGGAUACGUAUCUCUGGUUAGAUCCACACAGGCUCCACAACUGACACACAGAUCCAGACCCAGAAACAGACGGACCGGAGAGAGUCAACUAUCAGUUCUUUUAUCUUUUUUCUUUCAUCACAUGUCUAUAAAUAUUGGCUGGAACAACCUUUCCUCAGUGGGCUUCAGGUACUUUUGUUUGGCGGGAGCGCUCAUUUCGACUGAGCCCAGUGUUAUUUUUAAAAGAUGGCAAUCUGAAACUGCUUUUUAAUUUGUGACUGGGCGACUGUAAGUAGUUUUUGUCUGAAGAUAACCUGAUUAGAAAAAAAAAGGGGUGUUGUCUCUUAAUUGAAGCUUAUCGCCAAAUAAUGGUUAACUUGGGCUCAAACAGUACUGGGGCGACGUGUUUGCUUUUAGCUUAUAUUUCAUCAGGACAUCUUAGGGCAUCUGGUUCUACCUCAGCCUGUCCAUAUGCGUCCCUCUGAUCAUGUUUAGCCAAUGCGUCCCGCGUGUGUUUUCCCUAAGCCUCCUCUCUCUUCCUGACCUCUCACCCCGGCUCCUUCUUUUUUGCUUUGUUGUGCAGGUCAGAGUCCAUGCACCCACGCCCGCGCAGCCGCAUGGCCACGUUUUGGUAUGCAGAUCCACAGACGCAGGUAAGUCUGGUCCAGGUGCUCCCUGCGGUGAUGCUGACCUAUUCUGAAUCACCUCACAGCUCUCAGGUCAGACCCAGGGCCCAGCAGGCUCCCAGCGCAGGUCACAGAGGGCCUCAACAUCCCUGAGAUGAGACUGGAGACUGGCAUGAAGAGGAGCGUUUGAUGUGGCCCUGAGCUGGGCUAUGUUACCACGUUACUAUGGCUUUAAUUAGCUCCAGCAGCUGCUGCUUCCUGGUUGGCAAACUCCACUGUCUCUGUAAUCUCUUACAGGUGACUGUCAGUUGCAUGUCAACAUCUUUAAGUCCGGUUUUAGUGCUUUACAAAGCUACAUCUCUGCUUACCAAGCUAAUUAA